CGUACACUAGUGCUUUUCUUUUUAGUUUGUAGGAUUACGUUUUUUCCUUCGUCUGUUUGGCGAAGCAGAAAAGGAAAACCACACGGAAGAAGAGGGGUAAGGAGAAAAAGAAGAAGUUGUGGUAAAGAGGAGACGGAUGAAAACAAACAGAGAACCGAGAAGAAAGAGUUGAAAAGCUACAACAUUAGCGGAAAAAAGUGAAGAAGUCAAGUCAGUGUGCAAAGUAGGAAAACGGAAUAAGGCAAAAGAGUGAUGUUUUGCUCGGUUCGUGCCAGUGCAUAAUAAUAAGGGUCACGAAAACAACGAAAAAAUCGAAUUAUCUCAGUGCGAGUUUGGGGAAUUGUUAUUUUGAGUGAGCUAUAAUUUGUUCAAAGUGAAUAAUCUUGAAAUCUGUGCUGCAGAUCUUAAGUUAUUGGUCCCACCCGAUAGAGAGGAACCAAGUUGAUAAAUAAGUGCAAGUGCUGAGCUUUGGUGUAAUAUCUCAAAAUACAGAAAAAAUCGCUGUGUGGAAACAGGGCAAUUUCUGAAGAGAGAUUAGCUUCUAUUGGUGGAUUUUGAUAGAACAGGUUCUAAGCAGAUUACUCUGUGGAUUAAGCCGAAUAGCUACAUCGGAGCGACUACCGAUCGCUGCUGAGACUUGGGUGGAAAACAGCCAUGGUUAUGAAUGAUGCAUACAUUUUACAUAAAUCGUAGGAAAAAUUCAUCAAUAUUGGCAAAAAUGAAAAUAUUUUUGCCAUUAGUGGUGUGGAUAGUGCUGUUAUUUCGGACGACGAGUGCGCAGUACUCGGCGUCCCGAAAGAACGUCGGCAUAUUCGGACUAAAGCACGAAGUGUUUUUUCUGAACCUCGAGGAUGGCUACUUCGGUUGCCAGGUCAACGAAUCCACAGACUAUCUGCAGCUGUACGAGCUGUCCAAACUGUGUGAUGGCACAUCGGAUUGCUACAUGGGCUCCGAUGAGCUUAGAAAUAAGUUAAAAUGUACAAAUGAUUGUGAUAAAGAUGGCACGGCAUGCUCGAACGGAGUGUGUCUAGAAGGCCUAUGCCAUUGUAAUGAUGGCUUUGGAGGUUGCAAUUGUCAAGUUCCAGACGAAAACGAGUGUAAAUAUCGACCCUGUGACGUUUUCGCGCACUGUACAAAUACUUUAGGUAGCUUUACUUGCACGUGUUUUCCUGGCUAUCGGGGCGACGGACUUCAUUGCGAGGAUAUUGACGAAUGCCAAGAUCCCGCGAUCGCCGCUCGAUGCGUCGAGAACGCAGAAUGCUGCAACUUACCAGCGCAUUUUGUGUGUAAAUGUAAGCCAGGAUUCGAGGGCGACGGAGAGGAACGGUGUACAGACGUCAACGAGUGUCUCGAUCCACAAGCGUGUGGAGUGAACGCCGAUUGUGUCAACUAUCCCGGUAACUAUACGUGCCUGUGUAAGGACGGCUUCUACGGUGACCCGUACAAUGGGUGCACAGAUAUUGACGAGUGCGCCCAGCCGGGAGUUUGCGGACCAGGUGCCAUAUGUACGAACUUUGAGGGCGGUCAUCGCUGCGACUGUCCCUCCGGGUUCGAUGGGGAUGCACGCUCGGCUCAGGGAUGCGUCGAUUUUGACGAAUGUACACGCUCGCCAUGCGGAAGGAAUGCACUGUGUAGGAACGACGUCGGGAGCUUUCGAUGCCAAUGUCCCGACGGUUUUCAAGGCGAUCCGAUAACGGACUGUCAAGAUAUUGACGAGUGUUCAAAUAACCCAUGCGCCGAGGGUGCCCAGUGUACCAACACUCCCGGCGGCUUCCGGUGCAGCUGCCCGUCCGGAAUGUCCGACUCGGGCGGCGAGUGCAUCGACAUUAACGAGUGUGCUAAGUCUAACGCUUGCGGAGAGAAUGCCAAGUGCAUCAACUUUCCUGGAUCAUACAAAUGCUUGUGCCCGCAAGGAUUCCAAGGACGUGGUGAACUGUUUUGCAAAAAUGUAAACGAAUGCCUUGAUAAUCCGUGUGGGGAAAAUGCGAUAUGCACGGAUACGGUCGGUAGCUUUGUUUGCUCAUGCAAGCCAGCAUACACGGGAGAUCCAUUUCGGGGAUGUGUCGAUAUCGAUGAGUGCACGGCGUCCGACAAACCAUGCGGCAAUCACGCUGUCUGCGAGAAUGCCAGUCCUGGUUACACCUGCCUCUGCCCGCAGGGGUAUGCGGGAAAACCGAAUCCGACGAUCGCCUGCGAGCAGGCCGACGUUAACAUACUUUGCAGCAGCAACUUCAACUGCGCCAACAAUGCCGAAUGUAUCGAGGGACAGUGCUUCUGUCAGGACGGCUUCGAGCCACAAGGAUCCAGCUGCAUAGACAUUGACGAAUGUAGGAUGGACAGCCAAAUCUGUGGACCAUCUGCAGUGUGCAUUAACACACCGGGUUCGUUUAGAUGUGAGUGUGAAGCUGGAUUCAUCGGAACGCCCCCUCGGAUACACUGCAAGACACCGUGUGCGGAUGUCAAGUGCGGCAAAAAUGCCUACUGCAAGGCAGAAGGACAAGAAGCGUUCUGCAUUUGUGACGAAGGAUGGACUUUCAACCCUGCCGACAUUUCUGCCGGUUGUGUUGAUAUCAACGAGUGCGAUCCUGCGCAAGGACCCAACGGGCGGUGUGGUGUUAAUGCGGUUUGCUCAAAUCAACCAGGUGGCUACAGCUGCCAGUGUCCUCCGGGGUACACCGGUGACGCCAAACGUCAGUGUUACGAUGUAGACGAAUGCUCAAAACCAAACGCCUGCGGAGAGAAUGCCAUCUGCAAGAAUGUAGACGGUUCGCAUCAAUGUUCCUGUCCAUCAGGUUCCAUCGCCGAUCCCGAUCCUACUGUAAGGUGUAUCACCAUUGUAACCUGUACCAAAGAUCACGACUGUCCAGGUAAUGCCAUUUGCGAUGCACAAAAACGGUGCCUCUGUCCGGAACCGAACAUUGGAAAUGAUUGUCGACAUCCUUGCGAGAAUUCCGCUUGCGGACCAAACUCGCAUUGCAUGUUGGUUAAUGGAGAUGCACAAUGCUUAUGUAGUGAAGGAUUCACCGGUCAACCGGGACAGUGCGUUGAUAUCAACGAAUGUGCCGCAAAUCCCUGUCCAAGCGGAGCCGUAUGCAGCAACCUUCCCGGUGGCUACACUUGUCAGUGCCCUGGAGGGAGUUCAGGUGAUCCCUAUUCGGGAGGUUGCUCCAAAUCUGCCCUUAACACUUGCAAUGAACAGAAUCCAUGCCCGACCGGAGAAAAAUGCAUUCAGGACGCUUACAGUGGAAACAGCGUUUGCAUCUGCGGCCAAGGCUACAAGCGAAAUGCCAAGGGCGUCUGCAAGGAUAUUGAUGAAUGCAAAGACCCGAACAAGCCGGCAUGUGGCGUCAAUGCAAUCUGCAAGAACCUACCUGGAAGUUACGAAUGUCAGUGUCCAUCCGGAUUCAACGGAAAUCCUUUCAUGUCGUGCGAUGAAUGUAACAGCUUGGAAUGCAAAUGUCCAGCGCCGUACAAGUUUAUGGAUGGAAAUUGUGUUUUGGACAGUUGCGCACCUAAUGGCAAGUGCCCUGGUGGAGCUGAGUGUAUCUCAAUCACCGGUGGCGUAAGCUAUUGUGCUUGUCCAAAAGGUUUCCGCUCGCAGUCGGACGGUAGAUGUGAAGAUAUUGACGAGUGUACGGAAAACCAACAAGUUUGCGGUUAUGAUGCCGUCUGUAUGAACACCAUUGGCGGUUACGAAUGUAAGUGUCCGCUAGGAUAUUCCGGAGAUCCGUACAACGGGCUUUGUGCUCUCGCACAGAAGCGGUGUUCAGCAGAUCGCGAGUGCAGCGCUAACGAAAAAUGCGUUCAACCAGGAGAAUGCAUAUGUCCGCCACCAUUCUACAUGGAUGCCUACGAUGGGAACAAAUGUAAGAGCCCUUGCGAAAGGUUCCCCUGUGGAAUCAAUGCUCGCUGUACUCCAACCGAUCCUCCGCAGUGUAUGUGUGAGGUCGGCUACAAAGGUGACCCAUUGACCGGAUGCGUGGAUGAAGAUGAUUGUGCAAACUCACCUUGUUCUUACGGAGCGCAGUGUAUCAACCAAAAGGGAGGAUACAAGUGCGUUUGUCCCAAAUCAAUGGUGGGUGAUCCAUACAAGGGCGGUUGUAUUCUGGAGGAAGGCUCGGUCAAAAGCCAGUGUCGUCGAAACGAAGAUUGCGCUGAUACCUUGGCUUGUGAGCGGGGAACGUGUGUCAGUCCCUGUGGCAGCUUGCUCUGUGGAACCAACGCCUAUUGUGAGCCGGAGAAGCACGCUGCAUGGUGUCGCUGUCGAGUAGGAUUUGUCGAAGGUCCUAAUGGUGACUGCGUGUCUCAAUGCAGCGGCUAUAUGUGCGGACAAGGUGCCAUGUGUAUAGUUACCAACAGUGGCCCGACUUGCAAAUGUUCUCCGGGAGAGGUUGGUAAUCCUUUCCCAGGUGGAUCUUGCAGCACUGACCAGUGUUCCUCGAACCGUCCGUGCACCGAGCCUCAAGUAUGUAUCAACGGUCGUUGCAAACAGAAAUGCGAUGGAGUCGUUUGUGGAGUUGGUGCCACUUGUGACAACGCUUCAGGGAAAUGCGUUUGUGAACCGUUCUUUGUUGGUAAUCCCGAAAUGCUUUGUAUGCCACCUAUCACAACGCCUAGUUGCAGCCCAGACUGUGGUCAGAACGCUCACUGUGAGUAUGGUAUCGUGCAAAAUAGCUGUGUUUGUAAUCCGGGCACGACCGGAAACCCGUACGGAAUCUGCGAGUCCAAGUCGCGGAAUAGCUGCAGUCAGAUGAAGUGUGGUCGAAAUGGAUUGUGCCGUGAAACGCUCAGCUCCGUGGAAUGUAUUUGUCCUACGGGCUUCGUCGGCAAUCCAUAUGUCCAGUGUAACGACAUUGACGAGUGUUCCACUAAUAAUAUAUGCGGUGAGGGAGCCGUUUGUAUCAACACAGCAGGAAGCUUCGAUUGUCGCUGCAAACCUGGUCAUACUGGAAACCCGUUCACCAUUUGUUCACCAGUGGAGAGGAAUGUAUGCGAGAAUCCAAGAAAUUGCCAGUGUGGAAAGAAAGUGCAGUGUCCUCCAGGAUUUACCUGCGAACGGGGCACCUGCAAAGAUCAGUGCGCCAAGAUCAACUGUGGACCAAGAGCUGCUUGCGAUUCCGGGAAAUGUGUCUGUCCAGCCGGUUACACGGGUAACCCAAAAGAUCUGCGAAGCGGAUGCAUUCCGGAAGGACAAUGCGAUAACGAUGCCAACUGUCAGAAUAAGGAAAUCUGUUUCCAAUUCGGAAAAGGAGUGCGGAAAUGCGUCGAUGCAUGUAGUAAACUGCAAUGUGGUCCAAAUGCUCUCUGCGUUUCAAAUGACCACAGGUCUACCUGCAUCUGUGCCCACGGCUACAAUGGCAAUCCAGGGGAUCUGACGCUGGGAUGUCAAAAGGAAAUCAAGCUACUGGAAGGUUGUAAGGACGAUUCGGAAUGUGCCGGAGGAAAAAUAUGCGCCCUUACAGAAACCGGGCUGCGCUCAUGUGUAAAUCCAUGCAGUGUGGUAGAAUGCGGAGUAAACGAAGUAUGCAAACCAGACGGUAAUAACAAUCCCAUCUGUCAUUGUCAGGAAGGAUUCUUGUGGAACCCGGUAUCAUCUGCUUGCGAGAAACCAUCUAUACCAGAUUGUACCAAUGAUGAGGAGUGCCAUCAGGUCGCUGCCUGUCGACAGGAUGAACUGGGGAUUCUCAAAUGUACACCAGUCUGCGCGGAGUUCACAUGUCCGGCCAAUUCGGUUUGCGUAUCCUCGAAUCACCGCGGCAGCUGCCAGUGUCUGCCGAGUUAUACUGGAAAUCCCAACGACAGAAACGGAUGUCGUCCAGAGCUACAAAACAAAUGUCUUACCAGUGCGGAAUGUUCUGAAUCGGAUGCUUGUGUCACGUACAAGGGAGCAUUGUCGUGUAGACCAGCCUGCGAAAAUAUUCAGUGUGGUCCUCAUGCUAUUUGUAUCAGCAACAAUCAUAAUACCCAAUGUCAAUGUCCACCGGGUUCAUACGCGGGUGAUCCAUACGAUUUGACGAAAGGUUGUCAAUCCGUGCCCUGCGUGUACAACAACGAUUGUCCGCCAACGCAAAUGUGCAACCGAAUGACUCACACGUGCUACGAUGUCUGUCAGGAGGAUACCUGUGGAGACAAUGCCGUAUGUAUUGCCGAGAAUCAUCGUUCCGUGUGUCAAUGUCCUCCGGGGUACAAGGCUAACCCAAUCGCUGACGUAGAAUGUACACCACUAAGAUCUUGUGAACCCAACCCAUGUCAUCCGUCUGCAACCUGCGAAGCAGCACCCGAGGGACACAUCUGCAAAUGCGCUGUUGGACAAGUAGGAGAUCCGAUGACGGGUUGCCGCCCUGAGGGUGACUGUCCGAAUGGUGAUCUUCAAUGUCCGGAAAAUACAGCAUGCGUGAAUGGUAAAUGUGUUGAUCCGUGUACUAAUGCCUGUGGCGUAAACGCCCAAUGUGCUGUCGUCAACCGCACACCUGUAUGCAGUUGUAAGACCAAGUAUGUACCGGGAGUUAGCGGUUCGGCGAGAGAUGGGUGCGUGCGUCUCGUUAACGAAUGUCUGAAUGAUCUGGAUUGCGGAGGAGACGUUUGUCAAAAUGGUCAAUGUAUGGUGGUGUGUCGCAACAACAACGAUUGCUCAGGCGGAGAAAAGUGCGUCAAUGGGAUAUGUACACAACCUUGCUCCAGCCACAGUCAGUGUAAUGGCGGACAAGCUUGCAUUGGCAAUAGCUGUUUGAUUGGAUGCAGAAGCAACAAAGAUUGCGACAGUUCGAAGGCUUGUAUCAACAGCAAGUGCCGAGAUCCAUGCGAAACGGAAGGUGCUUGCGGUCCGAACUCUAUCUGUAGCGUUGUAAAGCAUGUGACCAGUUGUAAGUGUCCUCCAGGGUUCGAAGGAAACCCGAUUCCGGAACAGGGAUGCGUCAGGAUGCCUUCGACUUGCACUAGUUCGGCAGAAUGCGCUUCAGGACACAUGUGUAUUGCCAACCAGUGCAACCUACCAUGCUCAGAGACCACCGGUUGUGCAGUUGGAGAAAGAUGUCAUAACAAUAUGUGUGCAAAGGUUUGCUAUACCAACAAUAAUUGCCUACCAGGAGAGGUCUGCAAUGAAGCUGGAACGUGUCAACCAGGAUGCAGUACGGAUUCCGAUUGCCCAUCGCAAAAAGCCUGCAUUGCAAGCAAUUGUAAGUGCAUGAAGGGAUUCAUUGGCACUCCGUUCGGAUGUUCGGAUAUUGAUGAGUGUACAGACAGUCCCUGCCAUGCAACGGCUCGAUGUGAGAACAUACCAGGUUCAUAUCGAUGCAGUUGCCCUGAAGGAACCGUUGGAGAUGCAUACUCCAAUCCAGGUUGUCGUCUGCCGAACCAAUGCUACAAAAACGGUGAUUGUGCGGAAAAUUUGGCAUGCGUUGAAGGAAAGUGUACGGAUCCAUGUCAGGUGACUAAAUGCGGAGCAAACGCCGAAUGUCACAUUAUCGAUCACGUCGCAGAAUGCCAAUGUCCAUCAGGUCAUCUUGGCGAUGCUCGAGAUACUGCCGUUGGUUGUUUCCGCGUUGAAUGUCUGGCCGAUGAUGAUUGUGUGCAGGAUAGACAAUGCCAGGACGAAACGAACAAAUGUGUCAAUCCUUGCGAGUUGGUUGAUUGCGGGAAGGGAGCGUGUCAUAUCGAGAACCACCAGGCCAGCUGUACUUGCCUGCAAGGCUACGACGUUGUCGGAGGACGAUGUGAAGAUGUGGACGAAUGCCGUGUAAAUCCAUGCCACGCAAACGCAACUUGUCAGAAUCAGCCCGGAAGUUACACCUGUUCCUGCCCAGAAGGUCUUGUUGGCGAUCCAAUCAACACCGGAUGCAGGAAUCCAGAUGAAUGUAUUGCCAAUACCGAUUGCCCAACAACGGCAGUCUGUGAGAAGUCUCGCUGUAAGAAUCCUUGUACGAUUGAAAAUGCUUGUGGAGAAAAUGCAGUUUGCACGGCGGUUGCUCACGAAGCCGUGUGCGAAUGUGCGCCGAAUUCUCGAGGGGAUCCGAAGGUUAGCUGCUUGAGAGUCGAAUGUUCCGAGAGCAACGAUUGCUCUGCUAGCCAAACCUGCAUCAACUACAAGUGCGUUGAACCAUGUACUCUGACGAAUGCGUGCGGUCAGAACGCGAAUUGCGUAUCGGAAAAUCAUCUCGCCAUAUGCUCUUGUCAACCUGGAACAACCGGAAACCCACUGCUAGGAUGCGUGCCAUUGCAAUAUUGCAACAGCGAUCAACAGUGCCCCGCUGGAACGAAAUGUAAUGCCGGAGUUUGCUGCACGUUGUGCUCGAGUGGGCGUGAUUGCAUCAGUGAUCAACUUUGCAUCCAGGGUGUAUGCCAACCGACUUGCCGAACAAACUCCAGCUGUCCAGACUUCCAAUUUUGUCAGAACAAUAUCUGUACCCAAGAGUUCAAGUGUCGUUCCGAUGAGGACUGCGACAUUGAUGAAACUUGUGUCACAGAUGCCACAGGACGCUCGGAAUGUAUCAACGCUUGUUCAGGACGCGUGCUGUGUGGAAGAAACGCGGAAUGCUCAGCUAGAGAGCAUUCGGCUGUUUGUGAUUGCAAACCUGGCUACUUCCAGGACCAGUCGGGAACUUGUCGGAAAAUCGAAUGUCAAUCGGACGACGACUGCUCAAGUGACAAAACGUGUGAGAGUAAUACUUGUAAGAUUGCUUGCCUUAUGGGUGAACCUUGUGGGACAAAUGCACUAUGUUCGGCUGAAGACCACAAACAGGUGUGUUAUUGUCAACCAGGUUUCACCGGUGAUCCAAAGCAAGGCUGCAACCUGAUUGAUUUCUGUAAAGAAUCUCCAUGCGGUCCAAAUGCCAAAUGUAGAAACAGCCGAGGAUCUUAUCGCUGUUCCUGUCCAGCUGGCUUGGUAGGGGAUCCGUAUGCGAUCGGCUGCAAGAAGGCGGCUGAAUGUGAAACGAACACUGACUGCCCCGAGUUUGCAGAAUGCUACAAAUCUAACGGAGAACCAAUAUGUCGGGAUGUCUGUGAACAGGUAGAAUGUAGCCCGAACGCUGAAUGUCAGCCUAAAAACCACAAAGCUGUCUGUCAAUGCCGAAGUGACUAUGAGGGUGAUCCUACAGAUCUACUGAACGGAUGCAAACCUCUUUCUCUGCCAUGCAAGCUAAAUAAUGACUGCCCGGAGAAUUCGUACUGCUAUGGACAAAUCUGUAAACCUGCUUGCACUGCCACUGAAGAGUGUAACCAGGACGAAGUCUGCUCGAAGGGUCAAUGUAUUAACCCGUGCCACGAACCGAACGCUUGCGGAAUGAACGCCGAAUGUCUGAUGGGUGGGCACUUCAAGCAGUGCUCCUGCCCAGUCGGCUUUACCGGUGACGCAGCACUGGAGUGCGUAAGAAUUCCGAUCUUAUGCUCUUCCAAUGCUGACUGCAUCGAGGGUACCGCUUGCCAUGAAUCGAUGUGCUUGCCACGCUGUAGCGCCGAUCAGGAAUGCGCACUAAACGAGAAGUGUAUCGGUAACAAGUGCAUGUUGACAUGCCGCUUGGACAACGACUGCUUCCUUGGACACAUUUGCCUGAACGGACGAUGCAUCUACGGAUGUCAUUCGGAUGACGACUGUAGUGCGAGUGAAACUUGUCGAGCCAACCAGUGCAGAGAUCCGUGUCAGGAGAAUCCAUGCGGACCUAGUGCAGCUUGCUCGGUGGUCAACCACCGUGCUAGUUGUUCGUGUAUUAACGGCAUGGUUCCAAGUCCGACGGCGAAAAUCGGAUGUGUCCGAGCUCCGGCACUGCAGUGUACGGAGAACAGAGACUGUGCGCAAGGUACGUCAUGUAUCGAAAAUUUGUGCCGGCCGGUAUGUGCCAACGAUCAGGGAUGCCUGAACAACGAACGAUGCGAUCGAGGAACUUGCAAACCAAUCUGUAGACGCGACGACGAUUGUCGAAACGGUGAAGUUUGUCAGGGACAGACAUGUAUGGUUGGAUGUAGAUCAGACGCAGGAUGUCCUAGCCAGCUGGCGUGUGUGAAUCAACAAUGCGUCGAUCCUUGCUUGGAGCCAACUGCUUGCGGAACGAAUGCACUGUGCUCGGUGGUUAACCAUAGAAAACAGUGUUCUUGCCCACCGCCACUGAUUGGGGAUCCAUUGACGGGAUGCCGAGCAGAGCAGAGAACCUGUCAAACGAGAACCGACUGCCCGAAAGGAAUGGCUUGUUAUGGUAACUCGUGUAUGCCAACGUGCAGAAACGAUCAGAACUGUCUGGCAGAUGAACGCUGUAUUCGAGGUACAUGUCGAACGGUGUGCAAUAGCGAUGCCUCGUGUACGAAUGGAUUGAUUUGCGAAAAUAGGAUUUGUCAAACGGGUUGCCGGACGGAUAACAUCUGUUCGAACAAUCAAGCCUGCAUCAACAAGCAGUGUACGGAUCCGUGCACGGUGCUAGGACAGUGCGGCAUUUGCUCGGAAUGUUCGGUAGUCAACCACGGAGUUCAGUGUAGUUGCCCGAAUGGGUAUCUUGGAAAUCCACUGGUGUCGUGCGCACCUCCGCCGCAGAAGUGUAACUCUUACUGCUACUGUGACGAGGAAGGAAUAUUCUGCGCCGACAAGUGCCGACAAGCUAAGGACUGUGCAUGUGGACAAACCUGUUCGCGAGGUAGAUGUCGAACGAAGUGUAAUCCUGGUUCGUGUCCAGCUGGACAGCUCUGUCAGAAUGGAGCAUGUAUGGCAGGAUGUCAGCGCAAUGCUGAUUGUCCGGGAGAACGUUCGUGCGUUAACAGGAAAUGUGUGGAUCCAUGUGCUGGAAGUAAAGCUUGCGGAAAGAAUGCCAUCUGUCAGGUGGCCGACCAUCAAGCACUCUGCCUGUGUCCCGAUGGGUUCCAAGGAGAUCCACGCGAUGGCUGCGUGCAAUACGAAUGUCAAACGAACGAAGACUGUGAAUUGGAUAAGAAGUGUGUCUUAGGAAAAUGUACCAAUCCGUGCUUGGAAGAUGGAGCAUGUGGCGUCAACGCUCAGUGCCGUGUCGUUAAUCGCCAGGCGCAGUGUUCGUGCACUCCUGGAUUCUUCGGAAAUGCACGCCAGGAGUGUCAACCGGUACAAAAGGAUAGCUGCGCACAGAAUCCUUGCGGCGAGAAUACGAUCUGUCGCGAGGAUGCCAACGGAUACGAGUGCACCUGCCAGCCCGGUUGCAUGGGUAAUCCCAAACAGGGUUGCCUGUGCGAGGCUAAACAGACGAACAAAUGUCGUGAUUUCCGGUGUGGAACGAACGCCAUUUGUCGCGUGACGCAGCACGAUGAGCCGGAAUGCUACUGUCCACCAUUGUACCCGGGAGGUGAUCCCUACACGGAAUGUACGAACGAAAGAUCUGUUACCGAUUGUCGAACGACCGGAUGCGCCGAAGGAGAAUGCGUCCGAGACGGCACUCAGUUUAUCUGCCGUAAUGACGAGUCCUGUGCGAACGAUAUGCAAUGUCCCAAUGAAAAGGCUUGUAUCGGAGGAAAGUGUUCAGACCCUUGCUCGUUGCGAGGAGCCUGUGGGGAUAACGCGCUAUGCCAAACAGUUCUCCAUAGGCCACGGUGUUCGUGCCCCAACUGUUACGUCGGCAGACCGAAUGUCGAGUGUAAACCUGAUCCCAAAUGCCAGGAAGUCAGCACACCAAAGCCCAGUGAUCCCAAGAUCGUUUCGAUUGCUUGCGAAACGGAUAACGAUUGUGACCCGUCCUUACGAUGCGAUGCCAGCGGGCAGUGUAGCGAUCCCUGUACCGUUCCGACCACAUUCGUAUGUGACCCGAACAAGAAGUGCGUAUCGAGACGGCAUCGUCCAGUUUGCGUCUGCAAACAUGGCUUCAUUGUCAAUGAAUAUGGAGAACUGAUCUGUGCGCCCGAGAAACGCGAAUGCCACGGUGAUGACGGAUGUGCCUCCAAUAUGGCCUGCAUCGAUGGAAAGUGUUUGAAUCCCUGUAUGCCUUCGGCUACCAGAGGUCCAGCCUGCCCGGAAGACAAAGCAUGCCUCGUAAUGGACCACAAACCGUCGUGCAUCUGCAUGAAGGACUGUAGUCCAUCGCUCUCGAUUUGCCUUCGAGAUAGCGGAUGCCCAGCCGAUCUGGCCUGUCGUAACUACCAGUGCGUCAAUCCCUGCGAAACUACACAGUGUGCUGACGACACACCAUGCUUUGUCGAAGACCAUAAACCGAUCUGUAAAUUCUGCCCUCCUGGAUUUGCGAAAGAUGCCCAUCAAGGAUGUUUGAAAGCUACAGAAGCACAAGAAGAAGAAGAAGAACAAGUACAGAAGGUGGCGCCCAUCUGUUCGAAACACUCCGAUUGCGGCGAACAGUUACAGUGUUUAGCGGGCCGUUGCCUUGAUCCUUGUAGGUCAGGUUGUGGUCAAUCGGCUUUAUGCACCGUGAAGGCACACGUUCCCAUUUGCACCUGUCCCCCAUCGCAUACUGGUAAUCCCAACCGUAAGUGCGUUCCCAUUACCCCAGAAACGACUCCAACCACCGACGAUGGCAAACCGUUCGACACAGGCGCCACGACGGAAUUCUACGGAGGCGGCGGCGGCGAUGGCAUCGAUCGAUCCGAUGUGUUCAGUACUAUUGAACCGGAAAUGGAUACCGAACUAACCGAUGUCACUUUUACGGCUACCGAUAAGCCAACCCUACCACCGUUAGCUACUAAGACUCCUGCCACCGAUAAUCCAAUGACAUCUACCGAACCGAUGGCUACCACCAUCGCAGAUACUGUGUCUACGACUGGUUUGUCUGGCCAGGCUACUGAUAUUCCUAGCUCCACAACUGGUACUCCUCUCCAAUGGGAAACCACGGUCGAGGAUGAUUCUCUGACGUCUACGAAGCGGAAGACCUCAGCUGAAACUACAGAGAGUCUCAAAGAAUUGACUACUGAAUCGAUAGCUACAACCAACGGUGAGACUAUUUCAACGAUUGGUUUGAUUGGCAAGGCUACUGAGCCUAGCUCCACGACUGUGACUUCUGGCCAAGGGGAAACAACAGUUGGAGAUGAUUCGCUGACGUCUACGAAGAGGAAGCCAUCAGCAGAAAGUACGGAGAGUCUCAAUGAUUUGACUACCGAAUCGGUGGCUACUAUCAUCGCAGACACUAUUUCUACGACGGGUUUGUCUGGCAAGGCUACUAGCUCCACAACCGCAACUCCUGCCAAUGCAGCAACCACUUCCAGGGAUGAUUCACUGACGUCUACCGAGAGGGAGACAACAGCAGAAAGUACGGAGAGUCUCAAAGAUUCGACAACCGAAUCGAUGGCUACCACCAUCGCAGACACUGUUUCUACGACUGGUUUGUCUGACCAGGCUACUGAUAUUCCUAGCUCCACAACUGGUACUCCUCUCCAAUCAGAAACCACAGGCGGGGAUGAUUCUCUGACGUCUACGAAGCGGAAGACCUCAGCUGAAACUACAGAGAGUCUCAAAGAAUUGACUACUGAACCGAUAGCUACAACCACCGGUGACACUAUUUCAACUAUUGGUUUGCUUGGCAAGGCUACUGAGCCUAGCUCCACGCCUGUGACUCCUGGCCAAGGGGAAACAACAGUCGGAGAUGAUUCGCUGACGUCUACGAAGAGGAAGCCAUCAGCAGAAAGUACGGAGAGUCUCAAUGAUUUGACUACCGAAUCGGUGGCUACUAUCAUCGCAGACACUAUUUCUACGACGGGUUUUUCUGGCAAGGCUACUAGCUCCACAACCGCAACUCCUACCGAUGCAGUAACAACUACCAAGGAUGAUUCACUGACGUCUACAGAGUGGAAGACAACAGCAGAAAGUACGGAGAGUCUCAAAGAUUUGACUACCGAAUCGAUGGCUACCAGCACCACUAUGACUGACUUGUCUGGCAAGGUUACUGAUAUUCCUAGUAUUACAUCUGAACCUCCUGCCGGGAAUGGCUCACUGACGUCUACACCAGCAGUAACUACAGAGAGUCUCAAAGAUUUGGCUACUGAAUCGAUAGCUACAACCACCGCAGAAACUGUUUCCGUAAAUGAUAGUUCUAGCUCCACGGCUAAGACUCAUACCGAAGAUGCAACCACUACCGGCGAUGAUUUGCUGACGAGGCGGAAGACAUCAGCAGUAACUACGGAAGGUCUCAAAGACUUAACGACCGAAACGGUAACAACGACCACGCAAGUCAGCAUAGAAUCUACUUCAGACAAGUACGUGAUAACUAACAAGCCAGUAACCUCGACUGGUAAGUCUAAUGAGGUUAUUGAUAAGAUCACCUUGCCUCCAUUCACAACUGAUACUUCCGCUGAAGUGUCGACCAUGACCGGAAAUAAUCUGCUGACGUCAACAGACAGAAAAACUACGUCAGUUACUACAUUAGACUUCACUACCAAGUCGAUUACCACAACCUCCCUAGGAAGCGCGAUAGGUAGCGAGUCUACCGAAAGCUCACAUAUACCGCAGACUACGACUAGUCAGCCUGAUAAGACUACUGAUAUUCCAAGUCAACAUUCAUCCACGACUAAGAUUGCUGUCGAAGAGUCAACAAUAUCCGAAGAUAAUUCGAUAACGUCAACAGACACAAAGACUUCAGCAGUAACUACGGAAAGUCCUAAAAACUUCAGUGCCAAGCCGGUAAGCGUGGAUGUAACCAGUGAUCCUACAAUCGUAGAUACUUCGACUGUCGGUAGCUCACCGUUACCAACGACUACGACUAGUACAAGCACUGAACAAGAGCAGCAAUCGUCCAAGGCAACGUCAUUGCCACCAAAUCAAACAGAAACAUCAACAAUCGUAGCCACAACCGAAAAGGUAACAACUGCUGAACCAAUUUCAAAAGAAGACACUUCCCGUUCCAGUGAAAAUGAAAUCGAAACUACCUCUUCGCAACUCUACACUACCUCAAAAAGCUCACCGACGGCUUCAGAGUUGCCCACAACACCUGUUCCAAUCACGACCCAAAUGAACGACGGCUUACCCACCACAGCCGAAACAGAAUCCAUCACUUUUGGUGAAACAACUACUACCACGAAAGCCCCCGGAACUCUGGUCAAACAAGACCGUAAAACGACCGAACUCGAAACGGACGUCCCUCCGACAAUGCUCACCCGACCAACGACACUUCCGGAUGUAUUGCUGAAUCGCAGCACCACACAGCGGUACAAUGAAUACAUGUACCGUGAAGAAGCCACGGUCAAACCGGUCAAGGAUCGAAAGGAAACCGAAACCGUUAUUUACGAUGUGGAUAUGACGACCUCCACAGAGUCCCCUGUUGGGACGACAGAACCGGAGGAUGAUCGGAGCAUUCCUCUGACGACGAAUGCCUACGAUAGAAAAGAUGACGAUUACGAUUAUGGUAGUGAGGAAAGCGAUGGAGAUGAUUAUGAGUCCACGAAAAGUACCGCUAGCACACCGAGAACUACGGAGUCAACUACCGAAACCAGAGGUGGUAGGGUUACUGAAAGUACCGAACCGUCGACCGCUUCAACCAUGAGUACACAUGAUGCUUCCACCACCAAAGUCAUGACCACUGAAGAAAGUCCCACUACAACUGCGGUACCAAUUCAGGAAUCGAUAACGAUCGAAAAGGUGGUAACGUAUGUCUAUGAUUCUGCAACUACGAUGGCGCCACUUGUACCACCGCAAGUGUGCUUGGCAAAUGGUUAUUGUUUGCAGAACGAAACCUGUGUCGACAACGUUUGCAUCGAUCCGUGCCGAUCCGCCAAUCCCUGCCCUCGUAACGUCCCCUGCCUAACCGUAAACCACCAACCAAAGUGCCUUUGCAAUAAAGCUGACCCCGUUGAUUCAGCCAAUUGUAUAGCAGAAUCAGAAAUUGGAUGUAGAAACAGCGACGAAUGCCCAGCGGAACGGUCCUGCAUCAACGGCGCCUGUAUCAAUCCGUGCCAAGCCGGUAAUCCGUGCGAGGCCGGACAGGAGUGCGAAGUCCAGAACCACGAAGCAGUUUGCAUCAAACUUUGCCAAUGUCAACGAGCAAGUGACUGCGCAGCCGGUAAGGUAUGCGACGGCUGCAACUGCAUCUCUCAGGACCCUAACGUCGUCGUCGCUGGCUGCGAACACUGCCCACCCGGUAUUCCAUGCAACCCGCUAACUGGAGCCUGUGUCAAAGAAACAACAACAACAACACCUAACCUAGUUUUAGAUAAUAAUACCACGACAGCGGUACCAGAUGUACAUAGCACACACACAGAUUAUACACCACACACAACCGAGCCAAUAACAACUAAUUUCGUAACAAAACUGCCAAUAACAACAACACCACCAACAGCAACAACUCGCCAGUAUGAAAUGUCUUCGUCCGAGAGCACUACCGAUUUACCCUCGACUGUUUCCACGGUUGAAGUGGCAAGAGAGACCACUUCGGCCGCUUCCCCUGAAUUAGGUUCCACAGUUACAGCUUCGCGGGAUAAUGUACCGCAUGAACCAAUGACACAGCCUGCGAUAACGGAAAAAGGUUUUGAUCUCGUUUCCGACGGUACGACUACAGUCCGUGGUGGUACCGAAACUGGAACAACCACUACCGUAGUAUCAGCUGAACAAACAUCGACUUCUACGGCUACGUUUUCUCCAGAGACAUCAUCUGAGCGAAGAGAAACGACUUAUGACGUAACUUUCAGCAGUACUGAGGGACCAGCGAAAGACAUUGAACUUACGACAGCUUCCGUAACUGCGGAGCUAACGACUACUAGUACUUCGUCAAGUGAUACUCACACUAUGUUCUCAACAGAACUCCUGCAGGAAACUACCUCAAGUAUAACCACCAUUAUCAUUGCAUUGCCAAAAACAAACAAGAGUCCGUCAACUUCAGAAACUCCUGCUCCAACAUAUCGCGAUUACACUGAGCUGGAAUACACCACAAGUUCUGAGCCAUUUGCGUCCGAUACGACCACCAGCAGCAGUGCAAUGGAGAAAAAAUCAACCGCUCACCAUCCAAGCUUAGCAUCGACAUCUGUGGCCGAUGUGACGACUACCGGUCACUCAGGUUCGGAUGUGACUAACCUUGAAACCACAACACUAACGGAUGCAAGCAAAACACCAGUAUCGACAACCGGUUCAUCCGGUUUCGAUACGACAGCUAGCUCGGUAACGGAACGUGAGACGACUUCUGAGACAUAUACGAGUAGAUCCACUUACCAAGAUACAACGACUAAAAGCAGUCCAGUGGACCUGGAGACGACGACAGAUUCAGAUACCUCUGUAGUUACAGUCAUGUCGGAAACUACAACCAAAAUGGACAACUCAACCGAUGAGAAAGUAACUACAGUUUUAAAUGGAAUUGCAUUUACUGACACUACGACGUCAAAAUCGGUUAUCGAAGCAGGAUCUACUACAACAGCUGAUGGUGCGACAACUAUAACCUUGACUACAAUAGCAGAUUCAAAAACGACCACCUCCACGCCAACAACAGACACGUCUGUAGUAACUGCAGUUGCUACCGAGAGAACAUCCGGAACAGUUUCAACUACUCUAAUCGAGGAUUCAACUGAUCAGGGAAGCACUACCAUUGGAGUAACCAUCAUUGAUUAUAGCUCCACUGGUACAACCGUGGGAAGGACAAAAAUAGAUCAAGAAACUAUUACUGAAUCAAUAACCGGUACGAGAACAAGUACUGAGGAAGGUUUCGAUGCAGGAUCCUCUACAACAACUCAAACUGAGACAACUACGACUGUUGGUUAUGCAUCAAAAACAACUGAAAUAAGCGCUAACGAAAGAACCAGUGGAGCAACAACCGAAGAUUCAACUGAUCAGGAAAGAACAACCGCAACAUCAACAAACGUUGAUCGGGAAACAAUGGCUGAACCGGGAACUGGUUCAACAAUUACUACUGAGCGCAUCUCUGACACAGCUUCAUCAACGGGCACUACAACUGUUGGAUACACAGCAGAAACAACUGUAGAAAGUGAAGUAGACUCCGAGAAGCCUGCUGAAUCGACAACCACGGUCAAAGAUGUAACUGAUAAAAGAACCACAGUUACCAGCGAACUAACGGUUACCGAUGAUAGUUCUUCGACAGAAAGCACAAAAGCAGAUCAAGGCUCAACUCCAGAAUCAGCAGCUACUGACACGGGAUCUACCACUGCAAUUCACAGCGAGGAGACUACAGUUUAUUCCACAACCGAAUCUACCGUCUUCACGUACAUUCCAGCUCAUGAUACUACUGCAGUAAUAGGUUUUACAACUGUUAAAGGCGGUCUUGAUGAUCAAGAAGCGUCAACAGUAGCUAGUGAAGUUACAUCUACCGGAACAAUUGAAGACACAACAAGAGAUCAACAAACGACUAAAGGGCAACAUAUAACUGGUUAUAGAACAGAUUCUACGACUAUUGGAAGCACGACAGUGCCCGAAUCGGUAGAAACUGGAACUCCAGAUUUUGAUACUACAACACUUGGAGCUCAACGUGAUCGGGAAACUGAGACAACUACGUUUAGUAGCGCUGUAAUGGAUUCUCGGACGACGCUCAGUGAUACAAAGGAUCAAACAACAGUGCAGGCAAAAACCGAUCGAACUACUACGGAAAUUCCCACUUUUAAGCCAGUGACUAUUACCCAACAACCAACCACGGAUGCAGCCGAUCGCCAAGCAACUACACCAUCGGAAACCGUUACGAGUAUAACAAGUUCUAUAUCAGAUGAGACAACUUUGCUUGUAGCCCAAGCGGAUCAUACAACAGAAUCAGACACUAGCGAUAGCAGUACUCGAAUUGGCCCACAAAGCACGGUUGUCAUUACUGCCGUAGAUCAAACAUCUACCGAAAGACUGACUACAAGCACCUAUGCAACUAAUGGUGCGGCUCAAACGGAUUCUACCGCAAGUACGGUACCAUCGAUUGUAACCGAAACGACUAAGCCUUUUGCUGUUGACUCUACUACAAAAAGUGGACUAGAUAGCACCGCAGUGACGGAUGAGGAAGAACGAGCUGCGGUUACAACAACUGGUGAUGACAGAACGGUAUCAACAGAUUCACCAACUGAGUACUCUUCCUCUGGUUACAAAACUACAGUUUCAACGUCACACUUCACUCAAUCAGAAGAGGAUGCAACAACUGCUUAUGGUGAAACCUUCAAAGACAAAAUUACAACUGAAUCUUCAACUGCUAGUGUGUCUACUGCAAAUACUCCUAUGUCAUCUAGUUCAACCACAACUGAAUUUAACCAAAGUACAACAUACUCGGCAAUAUUGACAACGAAACAACAGGACGACAGUCAAUACACUACCGUAGGAACAACUUCAUCUGGCAAGGAUUACCAUGAGGUCUGGUCGACAAAUACUCCAGGUAUAUCGAAGUACGAUUCUACAACUGAAAGCGAACGUUCAGAAGUCACUAAAACCACGAUUACUCUGAGUGAGGAUAUUUCGACUGUUGGUCGCACAACUGAAAGGAGCGAGACUACAGUGUUUGAGUCCACAACAAACCAGGAGUCUCCAGUUUGGCAGAGCUCAUCGGAAUAUGACGAUCAAGGUACAACAACUGCAUCAGAGACAGAGAAAUUCGUCACUACAACGUUGAAAACGACAGUGAAAAAUCAACAUGGUACAUCAACUCCUGCUGCGCUAGAAUAUACAACUACGAAAUAUUCUGGUGGAUCGAUGAGGCCAACUUACUCUACAACCAGAGACCAAGAAGAUACUUCAAAGUAUGUGCUUCAGGAAGGUACAACCAUAGAAUACAUUAAAGUGACCGAUAGAACAACAACGAAUUCCGAGGAUACAACAUUGGGACCCACAGUUAAAGAUAUAGAAGGAACUGCAACGUCGGAUGUAUACGAGAAAACAACUGAAUCCGCUAAAACCACCGAUGGAACAACACAGGUUGUGGAUAUCACGACAUUUAAGUCCACCUCUGAUGAUCUUGAUCAAACUUCUACACCAGGAUUACAAGAGCAAACUACCGUAAGAUAUACUGAAGUCACUGACGGCACAACGCAUCCUACUUAUACUUCGUUGCAAGACCGAGAAGAUACUAAAACAUCUGGAGAACAGGAAGGAACAACCGAAACAUAUACUGAUGUCACCGGCGGUGCAACGAAACGUGCGGAUGCAACAUUAAAGUCCACAUCAGAAGAUCUUGAAGGCACAUCGACCCCAGCAAUGCAGGAGAAGACUACCUUAGCGUAUACAGAGGACACCAAUGGAAUAACACAGCCUGCAUACACUACGAUAUUGAAGUCAACAUUGAAAGCUGGAGAAGAAUCUUCAACACCAGAAGUUCAGGAACUAACUACUGAUAAAACAACGCAGUCUGUGGAGACUACGACAUUGAAGUUUAAAGAAGGUACUUCGCCAUCAGGAAUGCAGGAAAGAACAACUUUAGGGUAUACUGAAGCUACUGAUAGAAGUACGUUAAUAACGGACAGUACGACAUUGAAGUUCACAGAAAAAGAUCAAGAAGGCACAUUGUCAUCGAAAUCGCACUAUACAACAACAUUGAAAUCCACAUCGAAGGAUGAAGAAAGCACGUCAACAUCUGUAAUCCAGGCAAUAACAACCCAAGGAUAUACUGAGAUUACCGAUAGUAGAACGCAUGUAACGGACUCUACGACAUUGAAAUUCACAGAAAAGGAUGAAGAAGUCACUUCACCAUCGAAAAUGCAGAAUACUACGACAUUGAAACCCACAUCGAAGGAUCAAGAAAGCACGUCAACCGCUGUAAUCCAAGAAAGAACAACCCAAGGAUAUACUGAGAUUACCGAUAGUAGAACGCAAGUAGCUGAUACUACGACAUGGAACUUCACAUCAAACGGUCAGGAUGGCACAACAUCAUCGGAAGAUCAAGAAAGAACAACCCAAGGAUAUACUAAGGUCACCCAUGUAACAGAACCGGCCUACACUACAACGAUUUCUUCAAUGAUAAAUCAAGCAGGUACAGAUACUACGACAUUGAAGAACGCAUCGGAAGAUCAAGAAAGAACGCCGACAUUUGGAUUGCCAGAAAAAACAACCCAAGAAUAUACUGAAGUGACGGAUGUAACAACGAAUCAAGCGGAUACAACAUCAAGAAUUACGAUGAAAGAUCAAGAGGUCACCUCAACAUCUGGGGAGCAAGACAAGAUUACCGAUACAUCUACUGCACCUUCCGACGGAACAUCACAAUCUACGGAAACUACAACUAGCAGAUUUACAGCCCGUGAUCAAGAAGGAACUUCAACCCCGGAAAUUCAAGAGAGGACUACCCUAUUAUACACUGAGGGAUCUAAAGGAGCAACAAUUCCUACAGAUAGGUCUACUGUAAGAGGUCAAGAAGAAGAAGUGACAUUCGGAAAAUCCGAAAGAACCACCAUGCCAUACAACACUGACACCCCAACAAUACAGUCCACAGUAGAUGAUCAAGAAAGAACUUCAACCGUUUCAUAUACUGAGAUCACCGAUGAAAUAACUCAGGAUGCAGGCAGUACAACAUUGGAAUCUGCAGCAAAACGAACCUCAACAUCUAUGGUACAUGCUGAGUCUACCGAUUAUACAACGCCGACAUCCUAUACUACGACAUCGAGGUCGAUAGUGGAGAAAGAUCAAAAAGGCAGCACAAUUGGAAUGCAGGAACAGACAACCAUAGGUUAUACUGAUGGAAAUAUGCUAUCCACGGGUACAAGCGGUUACUUUGAGGAUAAAACAUCAUCCCAUCAGAUUGAAACAACUACGCAUACUCAGACCACUAGGAGAUAUUCGGAAGAACCGGGACCCAGCACAACUGGAGCAGUCUCUGAGGCGGAAACCAAAAAAUACACCACGUCGACCGAACUACUCUACACGUCGGAAGCUGUGACAUCGCAAAAAGGAAUUGGAUCAUCUUCACAAACAAUGGGAUCGGAUCGAACCACAGAAAAGCAAACUGCGGCUGAACCAGCCAAUAUUACAGCUGAUCAAUUUUUCGAUAAAACCACAACAAAGUAUGCAACAAGCUCAAUAGAUGAUCGUAGCACUACUAUGCGAUUUGCUGACGAAGAACAGCCUUCUACAUAUGCUUACUUCACAUCUUCAGAGAAGACAACGGCACUACACAUUGAACAUGAGGGUAGUACUGACGUUGCUACAUCUAUGACAUUCUCAAGCACUGAAACCCAAGGAAAAGAAUUUUCAACCAUUAUUCCUACAACUCCAGAAUCGGUCCAUACCACAACUUUAAGGGAUAUGGUGAAAGAUGAAGAGAUUACCACCACUGUAUCUGAUGAAGCAACCAAGACAUCAUCGUCUUCCGAAUUGCUGGAGACAACAUCUACGUACUAUACGGAAUCUGGAAUAACCACUGGACACACAUCUUCGGCAUACACUAGCUCAACAAAGCAUCCGCAGGAUGAGUUGACCACCUCUACAGAGGGAUCAUCUUCGAUCGACAGUGAAAGUCUGUUGACAAGUACCAAAAAGAUCACCAUAUCAGGAGAGAUUGAACGCACUACCACUACAACGCUUCCAAUUGAUAUGUCGUCUAUCGAAACUACAACUCCGGUUGCAAUGGAUAGGGAAACGACCUCCUCCAGUACCACCGACCGUACUUCCAAAAAACCUUACGUUAGCACACAUCGUCCGACGCCAAGGACUGAAGAUACGGAGUAUCCGAAGACUACGGCUUCUGAAGAACCUACUACACGGAUAGGUAUUACCGAAUUACAAACUCAUCUAAAUGAGGAUCGUAGUACGACGGCAGGACCUACAAUCUCUCAAGAAAUGGAGCUAGAACAUGUUACAAAGGAUUAUGAAGUUGGUUCCACGACCAUCAAAACGCACCGAACUGAAGCAUCCACGUUAGAUGCGACAACAUCUGGAAACACUGCUACCUCGACUGCCGGUUUUGCAUCUACCGAGCCGUUUUCUGACCAAACAUCAAUCCCCUCCUCGACAGGUUUAGAUUUAGGUUUAGGUUCAACAACAAUCCCCAUGACGGCUCAAGCUUCCGAAGACAUUUCAACUGAUUCUCCAAUUUCACACACACUAUCAACUCCCAUGGAUGAGUUACAAUCCACGGACUUGAGAGAUACUGCGACCACAACCCAUACACCACCGAGAACUUGCAAAACCUCCUCCGAUUGCGAGAUAUCCGAAAUAUGCAAACAAUCACACUGUAUUCCCAAAUGUACAGACAACUUACCUCCCAAUACACCCUGCGCAAAAGAACCACCUGGCACACCCAAAAUACCCGAACCCUGCCAAUCGGAUGCCGACUGUAUCGAAACCGAGGUUUGCUUUAUGGAGGUGUGCGAGAAUCCCUGUCUAUUUGACAGUGUCUGUGCUCCGACGGCGACCUGUCACGCGAAAAUGCACCGACCAAUCUGCACGUGUCCUCCGGGGCACGAGGGUAAUCCAACUAUCAAGUGCACACCACUGGAACCAAUUCAAUGCACCUCGAAUGACGAAUGUCCUCUCAUGGAAGCCUGUGUCGGAAAUUUGUGCCGUCGACCAUGCGAUGUAAAGAAUCCGUGCGCUACGAAUGCAGUGUGCAUUAACAAGAACCACGGUUCUGAGUGCAGCUGUAUUGAAGGUUAUCACGGAAACGGUUUCGUAGCUUGUCAACCAGUGACCACUCCAGGUUCAGUGUGCCAGUAUAACGAGGAUUGUCCACCGGAUAAGCUGUGCGAUCGGUUGAACCGCGUGUGCCUUAAUCCUUGCCAGGAGGAUUCCUGUGGAGACAAUGCCGAGUGCAUCCCACAAAAUCAUGGCGUCGAAUGCCGUUGCCAUAGUGGAUACACUGGCAAUGCGUACAUUGAAUGUGUUCAACUACACGGUUGCCGGUCAGAUAGCGAAUGCAGCUCAUACGAAGCUUGCAUCAACGGACAAUGCUUGUCUCCUUGUCAAUGCGGACCAAAUGCACUUUGCGAUGUUCGUGACCAUAAACCGCAGUGCAAGUGUCCACCAGGGUACAGAGGAGACGGCCGAUUGGGAUGCAGUCCACCUAGCAAUCCAUGCGAUCCGAACCCAUGUGGUGUUAACGCUAUGUGCGAAAUUGACGCUGGUAGUCCAGUGUGCUUCUGUCCAAAGGGAAUGACUGGAAAUCCGUUCAAGAAUUGCAUUCCUGAAGGAGACAAAUGUUCACCAAACCCUUGCGGGCCAAACACUGGAUGCCGUAAAAUCAACGGACAAGCUGCCUGUUUCUGCCUGCCAGAAUUCGAAGGCAACCCACCGGAAGUGCCGUGCCAACUGCCACAUAACCCUUGCGAUCCGUCGCCAUGUGGACCAAACACGCAGUGUACCCUACUGAACAAUGGAUUCGCCAAAUGUACCUGCCUUAGUGGAUACAUAGAAAGUCCCAACACGAUCCGAGGAUGCAUUGAACCAAGAAAUCCAUGCGAACCAAACCCAUGCGGUUUUGGAGCUGUUUGCGACUCUUCGCGCAAUCCGGUAUGCUACUGUCCGGAAGGAAACGUUGGUAAUCCAUUCCGAAGCUGCAUAGAGCCAGUUGUUACACCCGAACUGUGCAAGCCUGGCCCAUGUGGAAUCAAUGCAGAUUGCUACAUCGCCGAGGGAAGAGAACAGUGCUACUGCAGACCAGGAUACAUCGGGGAUGCCUACGCUGGAUGCAUAGAGCAGCCACGUUCGGUUUGCGAACCAAAUGCGUGCGGACCAGGAGCCGAGUGUUUGAUACUAACCGAUGGAUCACCUGCUUGCAGAUGCCCACCAGGACUCAGCGGAGAUCCAACCAGUGCUGAGGGAUGUCAUGGAUACGAAUGCCGAGUGGAUAAUGAUUGCUCGGUCGAUAAGGCUUGUAUUGGAUUCCAAUGCGUUGAUCCUUGCCCAGGCUCUUGCGGAGCGGGAGCUUACUGCAAGGUGGAAAAACAUCACCCUGUUUGCUUCUGUAAUGCAGGACUUACUGGUAAUCCAGCCUAUCGCUGUUACACAAUGGAUCAACAAGUUCCGAACAAUCAGUGUAAACCAGGAGUUUGCGGCAUCAACACACAGUGUACCAUGCGCAACCGCAGACCGAUCUGCAAGUGUUUGCCCAACUACAAAGGUGAUCCAAAGAGAGGCUGCAAACCCGAAUGCGAACUGAACUCUGAUUGUCCAACGGAUAAGGCUUGCUACAACCGCCGUUGUGUACCGCCUUGUAACGGGGCAGUUUGCGGUGUAAAUGCAGAAUGCCAAGUCGAAUACCAUACACCGAUGUGCAAAUGUCCAAACGGAUAUACUGGAGAUGCAUUCGUACAAUGCGUUUCAAUUCCAGAAGAUAGAAAUAUGACACGACAGCCAUGCCAGUCAUCACCAUGUGGACCGCAAGGUGUAUGCUCGGUCUAUGGCAAUGAUGUAGCAUUGUGUGAUCCAUGUUCGGCCCCAGAUGCCAUUCAUAACCCACGUUGCAGACCACAGUGUGUUCUGAAUACGGAUUGCCCAUUCAAUUUGGCUUGUUUACAAGGAAAAUGUCAGGAUCCUUGUCCAGGUUCCUGUGGAUACAACGCCGUGUGUACGGUUGAGCAACAUCGACCGGUAUGCUCCUGUCCACCAGGCCUGUAUGGAAAUCCAUACGAACGCUGUAUUCAACAAGAUACGCCACUGGAAACGUGUGAUACAAUUCGCUGCGGAGCGAACACAGAUUGUAAACGAAUGGGAGGAGUCUUGGCCUGCGUUUGCAAGAAGAACUACUACGGAGAUCCUCUGAUUGGAUGUAGACCCGAGUGCGUAAUCAACACCGAUUGUCCAGUCAACAAGGCAUGUGUUAAUAAUCGUUGCCAAGAUCCAUGUGUUGGAGUCUGUGGGGUAAAUUCUCAGUGUACAGUAGUGAACCAUAUUCCAGUAUGCUACUGCCCACCGACGCAUACGGGUGAUGCCCUGAUCACGUGUACAGAGAAAACCUAUCUGCCUCCGGAUACUACACCUUGCGAUCCAAAUCCAUGUGGUCCGAACAGUAAGUGUUUGUCAACACCCGAUAACUACGCAGUAUGUUCAUGUCUACCGGGAUUCAGAGGUGUACCACCGGCUUGCCAAGCGGAAUGUAUGAUUAACGCCGAAUGCCCACAGAACAAGGCUUGCAUCAAUUUGAAGUGCGUUGACCCAUGCCCGGGAACGUGUGGAACCGGAGCUAGGUGUGAAGUAUUGAAUCACAAUCCAAUCUGUAGCUGCGGACCAAACCAGGAAGGCGAUCCAUUUGUUGUGUGUGAAGGUCGACAGAAGGAUCCACCGACCGAACUACCGAGAAAUCCAUGUGAUCCAUCGCCUUGUGGAUUGAAUUCAAUUUGUCAAGUUAAGCGCAACCGACCAGUGUGCUCGUGUCAGCCAAAUUUCAUUGGUAGCCCACCACAUUGUCGUCCGGAAUGUGUUCUUAGCACAGAGUGUCCACAGGACAAGGCUUGCAUCAAUGAAAAGUGCCAGAAUCCAUGCGCAAAUGCAUGUGGUACGAAUGCCGAGUGUCACGUUGUGUCCCAUUCAGCAUUUUGUAACUGUAAGCGAGGCUUUGAAGGCGACGCUUUCGUUGGAUGUUCGGAAGUGCAACGAGCACCACCAUCGCCAGCCGAUCCAUGUUAUCCAAAUCCGUGUGCUGAAAACGCGCUAUGCACUGGUGUUAAUGGAGCAGCCAAAUGUACGUGUAUCGCACCGUACCUGGGAGAUCCUUAUAAUACCGGAUGCAGACCCGAGUGUGUACUCAAUUCAGAUUGUGCCAGUCAGAUGGCCUGUAUCAAUCAACAUUGUCGGGAUCCUUGUCCCGGUGUGUGUGGAUCAAACGCUGAAUGUAUCGUGGCAAAUCACAUCCCAGUUUGUGAAUGUAGCCGAGGUUUCGUCGGUGAUCCGUUCCAAGGAUGUCGAAGAGAGGUUCAGCAACCUAUGCCACCUACGGAUCCAUGCGCUCAAUGUCCAUCGAAUAGCGUUUGUCGAAUUGUGGCAGGUCGUCCAACAUGCUCGUGUCCAGAAGGAUACCGUGGAGCUCCACCAGCAUGCAGACCAGAAUGUUCAAGUCACGAAGAAUGUCCACAUGACCAAAGCUGUAUCAACCUUAAGUGUAAGGAUCCUUGUCCAGGACUAUGCGGAACUAACGCACAGUGUCAGGUCAUCAACCACAAACCGUUCUGCAGUUGUCUACGAGAUUACUACGGAAAUCCAUUCGAGCAGUGUAUGCCGAAACCAGCUGAACCAGUACAUCCGUGUCAACCGAGUCCAUGUGGACCGUACGCCGAGUGUCGUGAAGUGAAUGAUCGAGCCGUUUGUUCGUGCGUGACAGGUAUGCUCGGUGCUCCACCGAACUGCCGUCCUGAAUGUGAAACCCAUCAAGACUGUCCAUCGAAUCGUGCAUGCUUUGCACAGAAGUGCAAAGAUCCUUGCGUUGGAUCGUGUGGCUUCAAUGCCCAAUGCGUCUCUCGUGACCAUCGUCCCGAGUGCUACUGUAUGGACAGCUUCGAAGGUGACCCGUACACUGGAUGCAGUCCCAAAGUCAUCUACCGAGAUGAAAUACCAGAACCUUGCAACCCGUCGCCAUGUGGAUCAAAUGCUAUCUGUAAAGAACGUAAUGGUGCUGGCUCGUGUACUUGCAUGCAAGACUAUUUCGGUGAUCCUUAUGUUAGUUGUAGACCAGAAUGCGUUCAGAAUUCAGACUGCCCUUACGACAAGUCAUGCGUCAACACUAAGUGUGUCGAUCCAUGCAUUGGUACCUGCGGUCUGAACGCCGAAUGCCAUGUACAUAACCACGCUCCUACAUGCACGUGUGUCAAUGGAUUUGUGGGCAAUCCAUCACUGGCCUGUCACCUUCUCGUUAUAGAAAAACCUAAAGACGAGCCUAUAGACCCUUGUCUACCAUCACCAUGUGGGCCGUACAGCAUUUGUCGGGUGGUGAAUAACCACGCCGUUUGCUCAUGUCAGGACAACUGUAUCGGGGCACCUCCACACUGUAGACCCGAAUGUAUGAUUAAUUCCGAGUGCUCUCGGGAUAAGUCAUGCAUGAAUCAGCGUUGUGUCGAUCCUUGUCCUGGCACAUGUGGCAACAAUGCUAGAUGUCGCACCGUUAAUCACAAUCCGAUAUGUAGCUGCAACCCUGGAUUUAUCGGUGAUCCGUUUGUUAGAUGUUCUCCUGAACCGCAACAACCCGUCCUACAGGAGGAAAACCUGAACCCUUGCCAACCAUCACCUUGUGGUCCUAAUUCUAUAUGCCGGGUACAAAGUAACCGUGCAGUUUGCUCAUGCGUGCCCAAUUACAUUGGACGACCACCGAAUUGUCGACCUGAAUGCGUCGUCAACUCAGAAUGUCCAAUGCAACAGGCAUGUGUGAACGAAAAAUGUGUAGAUCCAUGUCGUGGAUCCUGUGGACCUAACGCGGAAUGUAGAGUCUCGUCACACAGACCCAUGUGCACGUGCUAUCCGGAUUACACUGGUGAUCCAUUCUCUGGUUGUAAUAGACUACAAAUUACCUACGAACCGCCAUCAAUGCCAUGUACACCGAACCCUUGCGGUGUCAAUGCCAUCUGCAGAGAACAAAACGGAGCUGGUUCAUGUACUUGCUUGCCGGAAUAUUUCGGCGAUCCAUACGUCGGUUGCCGACCGGAAUGUGUCAUGAAUAGUGACUGCCCUAGGGCACGGUCUUGUAUCAAUAGCAAAUGUGUUGACCCUUGCCCAGGAACAUGCGGCAGCAAUGCCGAAUGUCACGUGGUUAACCAUGCUCCUUCGUGCUCUUGUAUUGCCGGAUACAUUGGCAAUCCGUUUACGGCGUGUACGCCACAACCAGAAAUUCGAGAGGAACCGAUCAAUCCAUGCCAGCCAUCGCCAUGUGGCCCAAAUAGCAUCUGUCGGGUGGUUAACAAUCAUGCCGUCUGCUCUUGUAGUACAAACUUUAUCGGUACUCCUCCGAAUUGUCGCCCGGAGUGUGUCGUUAGUUCCGAGUGUCCUCUGGACAAGGCAUGUGUUGGACAGAGAUGUAAAGAUCCUUGCCCGGGAACUUGUGGACUGAAUGCACGCUGCCAGGUGGUCAAUCAUAAUCCAAUCUGCAGCUGCAAGAGCGGAUUCACUGGGGAUCCAUUCGUGCGAUGUAUCCCAGAAGAAAAACGACCGGUUAUUAGUGAUCCAAUAGAUCCAUGCCAGCCGUCACCAUGUGGACCUAAUUCACAAUGCAAGCCCGUUGGAAACACGGCCGCUUGCUCUUGCCUGCCAAACUACGUUGGACGUGCCCCUAACUGUCGUCCGGAGUGUACUUCCAAUUCGCAAUGUAACUCGAUGCAAGCUUGUAUCAACGAAAAAUGUAAAGACCCAUGCCCUGGAUCGUGUGGAACAUACGCUACAUGUAUUGUACAAAACCAUCAACCUAGCUGUAAAUGUUACGAUGGGUACAGUGGAGAUCCGUACUCGGCUUGCAUGCCAAUUCCAAUUCAACAUGUACCCGAACACGUUGAUCCAUGCAAUCCUUCUCCAUGCGGAGUGAAUUCUGAGUGCAAUGUGCGCAACAACGCCGGUUCCUGCACUUGUUUGCAAGACUAUUUUGGUGAUCCAUACCACGAAUGUAGGCCGGAAUGUGUCCUCAAUACCGAUUGUCCAAAAACAAGAUCUUGUCUGAAUAACAAGUGUAAAGAUCCGUGCCCGGGCAUGUGCGGAUUGAAUGCCGAAUGCUUCGUUUCCAAUCAUGCCCCGACGUGCUCUUGCAUCGCCGGAUUUACGGGUAAUCCAUCGGUUGCGUGCCACGAGAUUCCUAAAUUAGCUGACCCAGUUCCUAUGAACCCUUGUCGUCCGUCACCAUGUGGGCCAUACAGCGAAUGUCGUGAAAUUAACGGCCAUGCAGUUUGCUCUUGUCAAAAGAAUUACAUCGGUACACCUCCGGCAUGUCGACCGGAGUGUACUGUCAGCUCAGAAUGUCCUCAGGACCGAGCUUGUGUAAACCAGAAGUGCGUUGACCCAUGUCCCGGUACGUGUGGCCUAAACGCUAGAUGCAACGUCAUCAAUCACAAUCCUAUCUGCAGCUGCUCUCCUGGCUUUACAGGCGAUCCUUUCGUUCGGUGUCUACCAGAAGAAAAAGACUUGGAACCCAAGGUACCCGAAAACCCAUGCGUACCGAACCCGUGCGGCCCCAAUUCGCAAUGUCGCGCCGUUGGGACCGUUCCGGCGUGCUCUUGUCUACCGAAUUACAUCGGACGAGCACCAAACUGCCGACCAGAAUGCACCAUCAAUUCGGAAUGUGCCGGCAACCUCGCAUGCAUUAACGAAAAAUGUCGAGACCCUUGUCCAGGCUCCUGCGGCCCCAAUGCUAUCUGUAACGUGAUUAAACACUCUCCCGUAUGCUCCUGCUCGUCUGGCUAUACUGGUGAUCCCUUCUCUGGGUGUACGAUUACUCCUCCUCCACCGAUAAGGGACGAAAGACAAGAUCCCUGUAAUCCUUCACCGUGUGGAUCAAAUGCCGUUUGUAAGGAACGCAAUGGUGCUGGCUCUUGUACAUGUUUGCCGGAAUAUUUUGGUGAUCCGUACAGUGGAUGCCGCCCGGAAUGUGUGACCAACAGCGAUUGUCCACGUAACAAGGCCUGUGUUAAUAACAAAUGUAAAGAUCCAUGCCCAGGUGUCUGUGGCUUCAAUGCCGAAUGCUACGUGGCCAAUCAUUCGCCUAGUUGUAUUUGUAUUUCGGGCUUUACUGGGGAUCCACUGUCCGCUUGCCACGAGCCGAUUCCUCCGAAGCAAAACGAACCUAUCAAUCCGUGUUCGCCAUCUCCUUGCGGACCCAAUAGCAUAUGCCGCGAAAUCAACGGACACGCCGUUUGCUCUUGUCAGACUGGUUUCAUUGGAACUCCACCCAGUUGUCGACCGGAAUGUGUCGUUAGCUCCGAAUGUGCCAUGGACAAGGCUUGCAUUAAUCAAAAAUGCCAAGACCCAUGUCCGGGAACAUGCGGACAGAAUGCACGUUGCCAGAUCGUCAAUCACAGCCCUAUCUGUAGCUGUUCUCCUGGCUUUACCGGGGAUCCCUUCAUAAGGUGUCUACCGGAAGAAAAACGUCCUGUGGUAUCUGAACCUAUUGAUCCAUGUGUGCCAUCUCCCUGUGGACCAAACUCACAGUGUAGAACCGUUGGCAAUACACCGGCUUGCUCUUGCCUUCCGAACUAUAUCGGCAGGGCACCCAACUGUCGGCCGGAGUGUAUGAUAAACGCAGAAUGUCCUGCAAACCUAGCCUGUGUAAACGAAAAAUGUAAAGAUCCUUGUGUUGGCUCCUGCGGCCUUAACGCCAUAUGCACUGUAAUUAAGCACAAUCCAGUCUGCGAAUGUCAGGCCGGCUUCACUGGGGAUCCUUUUUCAGUUUGCACAGAGUUCAUUCAGCGUGCUCCUGAACCGGUAAAUCCAUGCAAUCCAUCACCAUGUGGAGCAAAUGCAAUCUGUAAGGAACGGAACGGCGCUGGGUCUUGUUCGUGUUUGCCGGAUUACUUCGGUGAUCCAUACACCGGUUGCCGUCCGGAAUGUGUACAAAACUCAGAAUGCGACAAAUUCCGCGCGUGCGUCAACAACAAAUGCAAAGAUCCAUGCCCCGGAGUGUGUGGACUGAAUGCAGAAUGCCGAGUCCAAAACCACAGCCCGCUUUGCUUCUGCCUGGAAGGAUACUCUGGUGAUCCGAGAACGGGAUGCGCCUUCGAGGAAAGAGUAACUGAACCACCAAAAGCAGGAUGUUAUCCAUCACCCUGCGGAACAAAUAGCAACUGCCGAGAAGUUAAUGGACAUGCCGUGUGCUCUUGCCAAUCUGGUUACAUCGGAACGCCACCAUCCUGCCGACCGGAAUGUGUGGUCAGCUCGGAAUGCAGUCAAGAUCGAGCAUGCGUUAACCAGAAAUGUAUCGAUCCAUGCCCAGGCACUUGCGGAACGAACGCUCGUUGUCAAGUCGUGAACCACAAUCCGAUCUGCAGCUGUUCGCCAGGUUUCACCGGUGAUCCAUUUAUUCGUUGCGAGAAGAAGGAGGUCGUACCAGUCGGCAGGGAUCCAAUUGAUCCAUGCUCGCCAUCGCCAUGUGGACCUAAUUCACAGUGUCGAGUUGUAGGAACGCAACCUGCUUGUACGUGCCAGCCGAACUAUAUUGGUCGACCACCGAACUGCCGCCCAGAAUGUACCAUCGAUGCCGAGUGUGCAAGCAACCUAGCCUGCCAGAACGAACGCUGUGUUGAUCCGUGCCCGGGAGCUUGCGGAAGCAACGCUAUCUGUCAAGUGGUCAACCAUCGUGCCGUUUGUACGUGCAGCGACGGUUACGAGGGUAAUCCGUUGACGCAAUGCGACCGCUCUGUUCCACCAACGACUGAGCGAUUGACGCCAUGUACGCCAUCGCCAUGUGGACCCAAUGCCGAAUGUAGAGAGCGAAACAAUGCCGGAGCUUGCUACUGCUUGCCAAACUAUGAAGGAAACCCGUACGAUGUGUUCAGCGGUUGUCGACGGGAGUGCGACGUUAACAGUGACUGUCCAGAGCAGCUGGCGUGUGUGAAUUACAAGUGUGUUGAUCCUUGCCCUGGAGUGUGUGGGAAUCAAGCACUGUGCGAAAUUGUGAAUCACGUUCCAACCUGUGUCUGUCCGGAAGGGAUGAUUGGUGAUCCGUUUACUCGGUGUGUGUUGAAACAAGAAGAACCAAUUACCAGGUCACCACCGGUGUGCGAUCAGAGCACAUGCGGACCGAACAGUAUUUGCCGAAUUCAGAAUGGUGUAGCAAUUUGUAAGUGCCAGCCAGAAAUGACCGGAAGUCCACCGAACUGCAGACCCGAAUGUCAACUCAGCACAGAGUGCGAAUCGCAGCGGGCUUGCGUGAAUUACAAGUGUAUCGAUCCAUGCCCAGGCUCUUGCGGACAGAACGCCAAGUGUCAGGUGAUCAAUCACAAUCCGAUCUGCAGUUGCAGUCCGGACUUCACUGGUGAUCCGUUCUCGCGAUGCUACAAGGAAAUCCGCACGACCACUCCGCUUCCGCCGACGCCAUGCGUCCCAUCGCCUUGCGGACCGAAUGCCGAAUGUAAGGUUGUUGGCAGCAAAGAAGCCUGCUCAUGUCUACCAGACUACAUCGGGUCACCACCAAACUGCCGCCCCGAGUGCGUGCUCAGCAACGAGUGCCAGCAGAAUCAGGCCUGUAUUCGGCAGAAGUGUACCGACCCGUGCCCGGGAUCUUGUGGCCUCAACGCUCGCUGUACAGUGAUCAACCAUACACCGAGCUGCUCGUGCGAAGAGGGAUACACGGGUGAUCCGUUCACCGGCUGCCAGUUCAUUCAAGCCGAUAUCCCCAAAGACAUCCAGUCUCCUUGUGUGCCCAGUCCGUGCGGUGCCAAUGCUAUCUGCAGGGAACAAAACGGUGCAGGAUCGUGUACCUGCAUCGAGGAUCACUUUGGAAAUCCCUAUGAAGGUUGUCGUCCCGAGUGUGUCUUGAAUUCGGAUUGCCCCUCGAACCGAGCCUGCAUCCGUAACCGGUGCCAAGAUCCGUGCCCCGGAACGUGCGGCCAGAGUGCCGAGUGCCAAGUUGUCAAUCACCUACCCUCUUGUACCUGCAUCGAUGGAUACGAGGGUGAUCCUUUCCGUUAUUGCCAUGUCAAACAAAGAGAACCUAUCACUAGUCAAGAUCCUUGCCAGCCUAGCCCAUGUGGCCCCAACAGCCAGUGCCGUGAGGUUAACGAACAGGCUGUCUGCUCAUGUAUCCCCACCUACAUUGGAUCUCCACCCGGUUGUCGACCGGAAUGUGUCACCAGUUCUGAGUGCACUCCAGACAGGGCAUGCAUCAAUCAAAAAUGCGUAGACCCUUGCCCUGGAACAUGUGGAUCCAAUGCUAGAUGCAAUGUCAACAACCACAGCCCUAUUUGUUCUUGUCAAUCUGGAUAUACUGGAGAUCCGUUCACACGAUGCUAUCCAAAUCCACCUCCUCCACAAGAUACCCAAAUCGUUGCCCGAGAUCCUUGUGUUCCUUCUCCGUGUGGUCCCAAUUCACAAUGUCGAAACAUCAAUGGAGUGCCAUCGUGCUCUUGUCUAGUCAACUACAUUGGAUCACCUCCAAACUGUAGACCCGAGUGUACAAUAAACGCUGAAUGUCCAAGCAAUCAAGCCUGCAUGAAUGAAAAGUGCAGAGAUCCUUGUCCUGGAUCAUGUGGGAUUGGAGCUAGGUGUUAUGUCUUCAAUCAUACGCCGACUUGCACAUGUGAUGAUGGAUACACAGGAGACCCGUUCACGAAUUGCUAUCCCGAACCUCCUCCUCCUAGAGAACCCGUUAACGAUGACCCAUGCAAUCCGUCACCUUGUGGACCAAACACGCAAUGCAAUAAUGGAAUCUGCUCAUGUCUACCGGAAUACCAAGGCGAUCCAUAUCAGGGCUGUAGACCUGAAUGUGUACUAAACUCAGAUUGCGCUAGAGAUAAGGCGUGCAUACGAAGUAAGUGCAUUGAUCCUUGCCCGGGAACAUGUGGACAAGAUGCUUUGUGCGAGGUUAUCAACCACAUUCCGAUGUGCAGUUGUCCAAAUGGAAUGGCUGGAAAUGCUUUCGUACAAUGUAGACCACAACAAGCACCAGUUGUUACCAACCCAUGCAAUCCAACGCCAUGUGGGCCAAAUAGUCAAUGUCGAGAGAUAAAUGGACAAGCUGUAUGCUCCUGCAUGCCUGGAUUUAUCGGAAGCCCACCAAUGUGUCGACCGGAGUGUGUCGUCAGCUCUGAAUGUCCACAAAAUCAAGCCUGUAACAAUCAGAAGUGUAGAGAUCCAUGCCCAGGAACAUGUGGCGUUGCAGCUCGAUGCUCAGUCGUCAAUCAUAAUCCAAUCUGUAGUUGUCCUCAGCGAUACACUGGAGAUCCAUUCAUCCGUUGUCAACUUAUAAUUGAACCUCCAGUACAGAUGACCCCUACAAACCCCUGUCAACCAUCCCCGUGUGGUCUCAAUUCUGAAUGCCGCUCUGUUGGUGAUUCACCAUCUUGUACAUGUUUGGAUAACAUGAUUGGUUCUCCUCCCAACUGUCGCCCCGAAUGCAUCAGUAACUCAGAAUGCGCGAGCAAUCUUGCAUGUAUUCGGCAGAAAUGCCAGGAUCCAUGCACGGGAGCAUGUGGAGCAAACGCUGAGUGCAGGGUUGUCAGUCAUACACCCAUGUGCAUCUGCUCGGUUGGAUUCACUGGCGAUCCAUUCACUCAGUGUUUGCCGGUUCAACAGGAUGUCCCGAGGGAACCAACCUCACCUUGUAUUCCAAGCCCGUGUGGAGCCAAUGCGAUCUGUAGGGAAAAGAACGGCGCCGGAUCAUGUACUUGUAUUGAAGAUCACUUUGGCAAUCCAUACGAGGGAUGUCGACCAGAAUGUAUCAUGAACUCUGACUGCGCCUCUAACCGAGCCUGUGUCCGUAACAAAUGCCAGGACCCAUGUCCAGGAACAUGUGGACAAAAUGCGGAAUGUCAAGUCGUAAACCACCUUCCAUCUUGUACGUGUAUCUCGGGAUAUGAAGGAGAUCCAUUCAGAUUUUGUAGCAUUCAACAAAGAGAACCAAUUCAACAAUACGUGAAUCCAUGCCAACCUAGCCCAUGUGGUUCCAACAGCCAGUGUCGAGAGAUCAAUGGACAGGCCGUUUGCUCGUGCUUGCCCACAUACAUUGGAUCUCCUCCUGGAUGUCGACCGGAAUGUGUCACAAGUUCUGAAUGUUCCCUGAAUAAGGCCUGUGUCAAUCAGAAAUGUGUAGACCCAUGUCCUGGAACAUGCGGAACCAACGCUAGAUGCAAUGUCAAAAAUCAUAGUCCCAUUUGCUCUUGUCAAUCUGGAUAUACUGGAGAUCCGUUCACACGAUGCUACCCCAAUCCACCGCCUCCUCAAGACACUCAAAUUGUAGUCCGUGAUCCUUGUGUUCCUUCUCCAUGUGGCCCCAAUUCACAAUGUCGAAACAUCAAUGGAGUGCCAUCGUGCUCUUGUCUAGUCAACUACAUUGGAUCACCUCCAAACUGUAGGCCCGAAUGUACUAUCAACGCUGAAUGUCCAAGCAAUCAAGCCUGCAUGAAUGAAAAGUGCAGAGAUCCUUGUCCUGGAUCAUGUGGGAUUGGAGCUAGAUGCAACGUCAUCAACCAUACACCAACAUGUACAUGUGAGAUUGGAUACACAGGAGAUCCGUUCACGAAUUGUUAUCCGGCGCCUCCUCCUCCUCCUCCGAGAGAACCCGUUAACGAUGACCCAUGCAAUCCGUCACCUUGUGGACCAAAUGCGCAGUGUAACAACGGAAUCUGCUCCUGUCUACCAGAAUACCAAGGCGAUCCAGAUCAGGGCUGUCGACCAGAAUGCGUACUAAACUCAGAUUGCCCACGAAAUAAGGCAUGUAUACGAAGUAAGUGCAUUGAUCCUUGUCCAGGAACAUGCGGACAAGAUGCUUUGUGUGAGGUCAUCAACCACAUUCCGAUGUGCAGUUGUCCAAAUGGAAUGGCCGGAAAUGCUUUCGUACAAUGUAGACCACAACAAGCACCUGUCGUCACAAAUCCAUGCAAUCCAUCGCCCUGCGGUCCAAACAGCCAAUGCCGAGAAAUUAACGGUCAAGCCGUAUGUUCAUGCGUUCCUGGAUUCAUCGGAAGCCCACCAAUGUGUCGACCGGAGUGUGUCGUCAGCUCUGAAUGUUCACAAAAUCAAGCCUGCAACAAUCAAAAGUGUAGAGAUCCGUGUCCAGGAACAUGUGGCGUUGGAGCUCGAUGCUCAAUCGUCAAUCAUAAUCCAAUAUGCAGUUGUCCUCAACGAUACACUGGAGAUCCAUUCAUCCGUUGUCAACCUUUGAUUGAACGUCCAGUACAGAUGACCCCUACAAACCCCUGCCAACCAUCCCCGUGUGGUCCUAAUUCUGAAUGCCGACCUGUUGGUGAUUCACCAUCUUGUACAUGUUUGGAUAACAUGAUUGGUUCUCCUCCCAACUGUCGCCCCGAAUGCGUCAGCAACUCGGAGUGUGCCAGUAAUCUUGCAUGUAUUCGGCAAAAAUGUCAGGAUCCAUGCACGGGAGCCUGUGGAGCAAACGCUGAGUGCAGGGUUGUCAGUCAUACACCCAUGUGCAUCUGCUCGGUCGGAUUCACUGGCGAUCCAUUCACUCAGUGUUUGCCGGUUCAACAGGAUGUCCCGAGGGAGCCUACCUCACCUUGCAUUCCAAGCCCAUGUGGAGCCAAUGCGGUCUGUAGGGAACAAAAUGGCGCCGGCUCGUGUACUUGUAUUGAAGAUCACUUCGGAAACCCUUAUGAAGGAUGUCGACCAGAAUGUGUAUUGAAUUCUGAUUGCGCAUCGAAUCGAGCAUGCGUUCGCAACAAAUGCCAAGAUCCUUGCCCUGGAACGUGUGGACAAAACGCAGAAUGUCAGGUCGUGAAUCAUUUACCUUCAUGUACUUGCAUUGCAGGAUAUGAAGGAGAUCCGUUCCGAUUCUGCAACUUACAACAACGUGAACCAAUACAACAAUACGUCAAUCCGUGUCAACCUAGCCCAUGUGGUCCAAAUAGCCAGUGUCGUGAGAUUAAUGGACAGGCCGUUUGCUCGUGCUUGCCCACAUACAUUGGAUCGCCUCCUGGAUGUCGACCGGAAUGUGUCACAAGUUCUGAAUGUUCCCAGGACAAGGCCUGUAUCAAUCAGAAAUGCGUGGACCCUUGCCCUGGAACAUGCGGAACCAACGCUAGAUGUAAUGUCAACAAUCACAGUCCCAUUUGCUCUUGUCAAUCUGGAUAUACUGGAGAUCCGUUCACACGAUGCUACCCCAAUCCACCACCUCCUCAAGACACUCAAGUCGUCGUUCGUGAUCCUUGUGUUCCUUCUCCGUGUGGUCCCAAUUCACAAUGUCGAAACAUCAAUGGAGUGCCAUCGUGCUCUUGUCUAGUCAACUACAUUGGAUCACCUCCAAACUGUAGACCCGAAUGUACCAUAAACGCUGAAUGUCCAAGCAAUCAAGCCUGCAUGAAUGAAAAGUGCAGAGAUCCUUGCCCUGGAUCAUGUGGGAUUGGAGCCAGAUGCAACGUCAUCAACCAUACGCCAACAUGUACAUGUGAGAUUGGAUACACAGGAGAUCCGUUCACGAAUUGUUAUCCGGCGCCUCCUCCUCCUCCGAGAGAACCCGUUAACGAUGAUCCAUGCAAUCCGUCACCUUGUGGACCAAAUGCGCAGUGUAACAACGGAAUCUGCUCAUGUCUACCAGAAUAUCAAGGCGAUCCAUAUCAGGGCUGUAGACCUGAAUGCGUACUGAACUCAGAUUGCCCACGAAAUAAGGCAUGUAUACGAAGUAAGUGCAUUGAUCCUUGCCCGGGAACAUGUGGACAAGAUGCUUUCUGCGAGGUCAUCAACCACAUUCCGAUGUGCAGUUGUCCAAAUGGAAUGGCCGGAAAUGCUUUCGUACAAUGUAGACCACAACAAGCACCUGUCGUCACAAAUCCAUGCAAUCCAUCGCCCUGCGGUCCAAACAGCCAAUGCCGAGAAAUUAACGGUCAAGCCGUAUGUUCAUGCGUUCCUGGAUUCAUCGGAAGCCCACCAAUGUGUCGACCGGAGUGUGUCGUCAGCUCUGAAUGUUCACAAAAUCAAGCCUGCAACAAUCAAAAGUGUAGAGAUCCGUGUCCAGGAACAUGUGGCGUUGGAGCUCGAUGCUCAAUCGUCAAUCAUAAUCCAAUAUGCAGUUGUCCUCAACGAUACACUGGAGAUCCAUUCAUCCGUUGUCAACCUUUGAUUGAACGUCCAGUACAGAUGACCCCUACAAACCCCUGCCAACCAUCCCCGUGUGGUCCUAAUUCUGAAUGCCGACCUGUUGGUGAUUCACCAUCUUGUACAUGUUUGGAUAACAUGAUUGGUUCUCCUCCCAACUGUCGCCCCGAAUGCGUCAGCAACUCGGAGUGUGCCAGUAAUCUUGCAUGUAUUCGGCAAAAAUGUCAGGAUCCAUGCACGGGAGCCUGUGGAGCAAACGCUGAGUGCAGGGUUGUCAGUCAUACACCCAUGUGCAUCUGCUCGGUCGGAUUCACUGGCGAUCCCUUCACUCAGUGUUUGCCGGUUCAACAGGAUGUCCCGAGGGAGCCUACCUCACCUUGCAUUCCAAGCCCAUGUGGAGCCAAUGCGGUCUGUAGGGAACAAAAUGGCGCCGGCUCGUGUACUUGUAUUGAAGAUCACUUCGGAAACCCUUAUGAAGGAUGUCGACCAGAAUGUGUAUUGAAUUCUGAUUGCGCAUCGAAUCGAGCAUGCGUUCGCAACAAAUGCCAAGAUCCUUGCCCUGGAACGUGUGGACAAAACGCAGAAUGUCAGGUCGUGAAUCAUUUACCUUCAUGUACUUGCAUUGCAGGAUAUGAAGGAGAUCCGUUCCGAUUCUGCAACUUACAACAACGUGAACCAAUACAACAAUAUGUCAAUCCGUGUCAACCUAGCCCAUGUGGUCCAAAUAGCCAGUGUCGUGAGAUCAAUGGACAGGCCGUUUGCUCGUGCUUGCCCACAUACAUUGGAUCUCCUCCUGGAUGUCGACCGGAAUGUGUCACAAGUUCAGAAUGUUCCCUGGAUAAGGCCUGUGUCAAUCAGAAAUGCGUGGACCCUUGCCCUGGAACAUGUGGAACUAACGCUAGAUGCAACGUCAACAACCACAGCCCCAUUUGUUCUUGUCAAUCUGGAUAUACUGGAGAUCCAUUCACACGAUGCUAUCCCAAUCCACCGCCUCCUCAAGACACCCAAGUUGUUGUUCGUGAUCCUUGUGUUCCUUCUCCAUGUGGUCCUAACUCACAAUGUCGAAACAUCAAUGGAGUGCCAUCGUGCUCUUGUCUAGUCAACUACAUUGGAUCACCUCCAAACUGUAGACCUGAAUGUUCCAUAAACGCUGAAUGUCCAAGUAACCAAGCCUGCAUGAAUGAAAAGUGCAGAGAUCCUUGUCCUGGAUCAUGUGGGAUCGGAGCCAGAUGCAACGUCAUCAACCAUACGCCAACAUGCACAUGUGAAAUUGAAUACACAGGAGACCCGUUCACAAAUUGUUAUCCAGCACCUCCUCCUCCAAGAGAACCUAUUAACGAUGACCCAUGCAAUCCAUCGCCUUGUGGUCCUAACGCACAAUGUAAUAAUGGAAUCUGUACUUGUCUACCGGAAUACCAAGGCGAUCCAUAUCAAGGCUGUCGACCAGAAUGCGUACUAAACUCAGAUUGCCCACGAAAUAAGGCAUGUAUACGAAGUAAGUGCAUUGAUCCUUGUCCAGGAACAUGCGGACAAGAUGCUUUGUGUGAGGUCAUCAACCACAUUCCGAUGUGCAGUUGUCCAAAUGGAAUGGCCGGAAAUGCUUUCGUACAAUGUAGACCACAACAAGCACCCGUUAUUACCAACCCAUGUAAUCCAACACCAUGCGGUCCGAAUAGCCAGUGUCGAGAGAUUAAUGGACAAGCCGUAUGUUCAUGCGUACCUGGAUUCAUCGGAAGCCCACCAAUGUGUCGACCGGAGUGUGUCGUCAGCUCUGAAUGUCCACAAAAUCAAGCCUGUAACAAUCAGAAGUGUAGAGAUCCGUGUCCAGGAACAUGUGGCGUUGGAGCUCGAUGCUCAGUCCUCAAUCAUAAUCCAAUAUGCAGUUGUCCUCAGCGAUACACUGGAGAUCCGUUCAUCCGUUGUCAACCUUUGAUUGAACGUCCAGUACAGAUGACCGCAACAAACCCCUGCCAACCAUCCCCGUGUGGUCCUAAUUCUGAAUGCCGACCUGUUGGUGAUUCACCAUCUUGUACAUGUUUGGAUAACAUGAUUGGUUCUCCUCCCAACUGUCGCCCCGAAUGCAUCAGUAACUCAGAAUGUGCGAGCAAUCUUGCAUGUAUUCGGCAGAAAUGCCAGGAUCCAUGCACGGGAGCCUGUGGAGCAAACUCUGAGUGCAGGGUUGUCAGUCAUACACCCAUGUGCAUCUGCUCGGUCGGAUUCACUGGCGAUCCCUUCACUCAGUGUUUGCCGGUUCAACAGGAUGUCCCGAGGGAGCCUACCUCACCUUGCAUUCCAAGCCCAUGUGGAGCCAAUGCGGUCUGUAGGGAACAAAAUGGUGCCGGCUCGUGUACUUGUAUUGAAGAUCACUUUGGAAACCCUUAUGAAGGAUGUCGACCAGAAUGUGUAUUGAAUUCUGAUUGCGCCUCAAAUCGAGCGUGCGUUCGCAACAAAUGCCAAGAUCCUUGCCCUGGAACGUGUGGACAAAACGCAGAAUGUCAGGUCGUGAAUCAUUUACCUUCAUGUACUUGCAUUGCAGGAUAUGAAGGAGAUCCGUUCCGGUUCUGCAACUUACAACAACGUGAACCAAUACAACAAUACGUCAAUCCGUGUCAACCAAGCCCAUGUGGUCCAAAUAGCCAGUGCCGUGAGAUCAAUGGACAGGCCGUUUGCUCGUGCUUGCCCACAUACAUUGGAUCUCCUCCUGGAUGUCGACCGGAAUGUGUCACAAGUUCUGAAUGUUCCCUGGAUAAGGCCUGUGUCAAUCAGAAAUGUGUGGACCCUUGCCCUGGAACAUGUGGAACUAACGCUAGAUGCAACGUCAACAAUCACAGCCCCAUUUGUUCUUGUCAAUCUGGAUAUACUGGAGAUCCAUUCACGCGAUGCUUCCCCAAUCCACCGCCUCCACAAGACACCCAAGUUAUCGUUCGUGAUCCUUGUGUUCCUUCUCCGUGUGGUCCCAAUUCACAAUGUCGAAACAUCAAUGGAGUGCCAUCUUGCUCUUGUCUAGUCAACUACAUUGGAUCACCUCCAAACUGUAGACCUGAAUGUUCCAUAAACGCUGAAUGUCCAAGCAAUCAAGCCUGCAUGAAUGAAAAGUGCAGAGAUCCUUGCCCUGGAUCAUGUGGGAUUGGAGCCAGAUGCAACGUCAUCAACCAUACGCCAACAUGUACAUGUGAGAUUGGAUACACAGGAGACCCGUUCACAAAUUGCUAUCCAGCACCUCCGCCUCCGAGAGAACCUGUCAACGAUGACCCAUGCAAUCCAUCGCCUUGUGGUCCUAACGCACAAUGUAAUAAUGGAAUCUGUACUUGUCUACCGGAAUACCAAGGCGAUCCAUAUCAGGGCUGUAGACCUGAAUGCGUACUGACCUCGGAUUGCCCAAGAGAUAAGGCUUGCAUAAGAAGUAAGUGCAUUGAUCCUUGCCCGGGAACAUGUGGACAAGAUGCUUUCUGCGAGGUUAUCAACCACAUUCCGAUGUGCAGUUGUCCAAAUGGAAUGGCCGGAAAUGCUUUCGUACAAUGUAGACCACAACAAGCACCCGUUAUUACCAAUCCAUGUAAUCCAUCGCCCUGUGGGCCAAAUAGCCAGUGUCGAGAGAUUAAUGGACAAGCCGUAUGUUCAUGCGUACCUGGAUUCAUCGGAAGCCCACCUACUUGCAGACCGGAGUGUGUCGUCAGCUCUGAAUGCCCACAAAAUCAAGCCUGUAACAAUCAAAAGUGUAGAGAUCCGUGCCCAGGAACAUGUGGCGUUGGAGCUCGAUGCUCAGUCGUCAAUCAUAAUCCAAUAUGUAGUUGUCCUGAACGAUACACUGGAGAUCCGUUCAUCCGUUGUCAACCUUUGAUUGAACCUCCAGUACAGAUGACCCCAACAAACCCCUGCCAACCAUCCCCGUGUGGUCCUAAUUCUGAAUGCCGACCUGUUGGUGAUUCACCAUCUUGUACAUGUUUGGAUAACAUGAUUGGUUCUCCUCCCAACUGUCGCCCCGAAUGCAUCAGUAACUCAGAAUGUGCGAGCAAUCUUGCAUGUAUUCGGCAGAAAUGCCAGGAUCCAUGCACGGGAGCCUGUGGAGCAAACGCUGAGUGUAGGGUUGUCAGUCAUACACCCAUGUGCAUCUGCUCGGUCGGAUUCACUGGCGAUCCCUUCACUCAGUGUUUGCCGGUUCAACAGGAUGUCCCGAGGGAGCCUACCUCACCUUGCAUUCCAAGCCCAUGUGGAGCCAAUGCGGUCUGUAGGGAACAAAAUGGAGCCGGCUCGUGUAUUUGUAUUGAAGAUCACUUCGGAAACCCUUAUGAAGGAUGUCGACCAGAAUGUGUAUUGAAUUCUGAUUGCGCCUCAAAUCGAGCGUGCGUUCGCAACAAAUGCCAAGAUCCUUGCCCUGGAACAUGUGGACAAAACGCAGAAUGUCAGGUCGUGAAUCAUUUACCUUCAUGUACUUGCAUUGCAGGAUAUGAAGGAGAUCCGUUCCGAUUCUGCAACUUACAACAACGUGAACCAAUUCAACAAUACGUUAAUCCAUGUCAACCUAGCCCGUGUGGCCCCAAUAGUCAAUGUCGGGAAAUCAAUGGACAGGCCGUUUGCUCGUGCUUGCCCACAUACAUUGGAUCUCCUCCUGGAUGUCGACCGGAAUGUGUCACAAGUUCAGAAUGUUCCCUGGAUAAGGCCUGUGUCAAUCAGAAAUGUGUGGACCCAUGUCCUGGAACAUGCGGAACCAACGCUAGAUGCAACGUCAACAACCAUAGUCCCAUUUGUUCUUGCCAAUCUGGAUAUACUGGAGAUCCAUUUGCACGAUGCUAUCCCAAUCCACCUCCGCCACAAGAUACUCAAGUUGUCGUCCGUGAUCCUUGCAUUCCCUCUCCAUGUGGCCCCAAUUCACAAUGUCGAAACAUCAAUGGAGUGCCAUCGUGCUCUUGUCUAGUCAACUACAUCGGAUCACCUCCUAACUGUAGACCCGAAUGUACUAUCAACGCUGAAUGUACAAGCAACCAAGCCUGCAUGAAUGAAAAGUGCAGAGAUCCUUGUCCUGGAUCAUGUGGAAUCGGUGCUAGGUGUAAAGUCUUCAAUCAUACGCCAACAUGCACAUGUGAAGUUGGAUACACAGGAGAUCCGUUCACGAAUUGUUAUCCAGCACCUCCACCGCCAAGAGAACCUGUCAACGAUGACCCAUGCAAUCCAUCGCCAUGUGGUCCUAACGCACAGUGCACCGAAGGGAUCUGCUCAUGUCUACCGGAAUUCCAAGGCGAUCCAUAUCAAGGUUGCCGACCUGAAUGUGUGCUGAACUCAGAUUGUGCCCGAGAUAAGGCAUGCAUACGAAGCAAGUGUAUUGAUCCAUGUCCAGGAACAUGUGGACAGGAUGCCUUGUGUGAGGUCAUCAACCAUAUUCCGAUGUGCAGUUGUCCAAACGGUAUGGCUGGAAAUGCCUUCGUACAGUGUAGACCACAACAAAGUCCAGUUGUUACCAACCCAUGUAAUCCAUCACCCUGUGGUCCGAAUAGCCAGUGUCGAGAGAUUAAUGGACAGGCUGUGUGCUCUUGUGUGCCUGGAUUCAUCGGUAGCCCACCCACUUGCAGACCGGAGUGUGUAGUUAGCUCUGAAUGUCCACAAAAUCAAGCCUGUAACAACCAGAAGUGUAGAGAUCCGUGCCCAGGAACAUGUGGCGUUGGAGCUCGAUGCUCAGUCGUAAAUCAUAACCCAAUUUGCAGUUGUCCAGAAAGGUACAGUGGAGAUCCGUUCAUCCGUUGUCAACCAAUAGUUGAACGUCCAGUUCAAAUGACCCCUGUCAAUCCUUGUCAACCAUCACCUUGUGGACCAAACGCCGAGUGUAGGCCCGUUGGUGAUUCACCAUCAUGCACGUGUCUACAGGACAUGAUAGGUUCGCCUCCUAUUUGUCGACCAGAGUGUAUCAGCAAUUCUGAGUGUGCCAGUGACCUUGCAUGCAUCCGACAGAAAUGCCAAAACCCAUGUAAUGGUGCGUGCGGAGCAAACGCUGAGUGUAGAGUAGUCAGCCACACGCCCAUGUGUAUAUGCUCAGUCGGAUUCACUGGAGAUCCCUUCACACAAUGCUUACCCGUACAGCAGGACGUUCCUCGGGAACCAAUAUCGCCAUGCGACCCAAGUCCGUGUGGAGCUAACGCUAUUUGUAGGGAGCAAAACGGUGCUGGAUCGUGUACCUGUAUGGAGGACCAUUUCGGUAACCCAUACGAGGGAUGUCGACCAGAAUGUGUAUUGAACUCGGACUGUGCAUCGAACAGGGCUUGUGUGCGCAAUAAAUGUCAGGAUCCAUGCCCAGGAACGUGUGGACAGAAUGCCGAUUGCCAAGUCGUAAAUCAUCUGCCCUCCUGUACCUGUUUUACCGGUUACGAGGGCGAUCCAUUCAGAUUCUGCAGUGUGCAGCAACGUGAACCAAUUCAACAAUACGUUAAUCCAUGUCAACCUAGCCCGUGUGGCCCCAAUAGUCAAUGUCGGGAAAUCAAUGGACAGGCCGUUUGCUCGUGCUUGCCCACAUACAUUGGAUCUCCUCCUGGAUGUCGACCGGAAUGUGUCACAAGUUCUGAAUGUUCCCUGGAUAAGGCCUGUGUCAAUCAGAAAUGCGUGGACCCUUGCCCUGGAACAUGCGGAACCAAUGCUAGAUGCAAUGUCAACAAUCAUAGUCCCAUUUGUUCUUGUCAAUCUGGAUAUACUGGAGAUCCAUUUACCCGAUGCUAUCCCAAUCCACGUAAGAAAAUCUUAACCUUCAAUCAUUCUCAUACUUAUGAACAUUCACUCACUGUAGCGCCUCCUCAAGACACUCAAGUCGUCGUUCGAGAUCCUUGUGUUCCUUCUCCAUGUGGUCCCAAUUCACAAUGUCGUAACAUCAAUGGAGUACCAUCGUGCUCUUGUCUAGUCAACUACGUCGGAUCACCUCCAAACUGUAGACCCGAAUGUUCCAUAAACGCUGAAUGUCCAAGCAAUCAAGCCUGCAUGAAUGAAAAGUGCAGAGAUCCUUGUCCUGGAUCAUGCGGAAUCGGAGCCAGAUGCAACGUCAUCAAUCAUACACCAUCAUGCACAUGUGAGGUUGGAUACACAGGAGAUCCGUUCACGAAUUGCUAUCCCGAACCUCCGCCACCGAGAGAACCUGUCAACGAUGACCCAUGCAAUCCAUCGCCUUGUGGUCCUAACGCACAAUGUAAUAAUGGAAUCUGUACUUGUCUACCAGAAUACCAAGGCGAUCCAUAUCAGGGCUGUCGACCAGAAUGCGUACUAAACUCAGAUUGCCCACGAGAUAAGGCAUGUAUACGAAGUAAGUGCAUUGAUCCUUGUCCAGGAACAUGCGGACAAGAUGCUUUGUGUGAGGUCAUCAACCACAUUCCGAUGUGCAGUUGUCCUAAUGGAAUGGCCGGAAAUGCUUUCGUACAGUGUAGACCUCAACACGCACCUGUCGUCACAAAUCCAUGCAAUCCAUCGCCCUGCGGUCAAAACAGCCAAUGCCGAGAAAUUAACGGUCAAGCCGUAUGUUCCUGCGUGCCUGGAUUUAUCGGAAGCCCACCAAUGUGUCGACCGGAGUGUGUCGUCAGCUCUGAAUGUCCACAAAAUCAAGCCUGUAACAAUCAGAAGUGUAGAGAUCCGUGUCCAGGAACAUGUGGCGUUGGAGCUCGAUGCUCAGUUGUCAAUCAUAAUCCAAUAUGCAGUUGUCCUCAACGAUACACUGGAGAUCCAUUCAUCCGUUGUCAACCUAUAAUUGAACUUCCAGUACAGAUGACCCCUACAAACCCCUGCCAACCAUCCCCGUGUGGUCCUAACUCUGAAUGCCGACCUGUUGGUGAUUCACCAUCUUGUACAUGUUUGGAUAACAUGAUUGGUUCUCCUCCCAACUGUCGCCCCGAAUGCGUCAGCAACUCGGAGUGUGCCAGUAAUCUUGCAUGUAUUCGGCAAAAAUGUCAGGAUCCAUGCACGGGAGCCUGUGGAGCAAACGCUGAGUGCAGGGUUGUCAGUCAUACACCCAUGUGCAUCUGCUCGGUCGGAUUCACUGGCGAUCCAUUCACUCAGUGUUUGCCGGUUCAACAGGAUGUCCCGAGGGAGCCUACCUCACCUUGCAUUCCAAGCCCAUGUGGAGCCAAUGCGGUCUGUAGGGAACAAAAUGGCGCCGGCUCGUGUACUUGUAUUGAAGAUCACUUCGGAAACCCUUAUGAAGGAUGUCGACCAGAAUGUGUAUUGAAUUCUGAUUGCGCAUCGAAUCGAGCAUGCGUUCGCAACAAAUGCCAAGAUCCUUGCCCUGGAACAUGUGGACAAAAUGCUGAAUGUCAAGUAGUAAACCAUCUACCGUCUUGCACUUGCUCCAGUGGAUAUGAAGGAGACCCAUUCAGAUUCUGCAGCAUACAGCAAAGAGAACCCAUCAAAGAAUACAUGAAUCCAUGUCAACCUAGCCCAUGCGGGCCCAACAGCCAAUGUCGUGAGAUCAAUGGACAGGCCGUUUGCUCGUGCUUGCCCACAUACAUUGGAUCUCCUCCUGGAUGUCGACCGGAAUGUGUCACAAGUUCUGAAUGUUCCCUGGAUAAGGCCUGUGUCAAUCAGAAAUGCGUGGACCCUUGCCCUGGAACAUGCGGAACCAAUGCUAGAUGCAAUGUCAACAAUCAUAGUCCCAUUUGUUCUUGUCAAUCUGGAUAUACUGGAGAUCCAUUCACUCGAUGCUAUCCCAAUCCACCGCCUCCACAAGACACCCAAGUUGUCGUUCGUGAUCCUUGUGUUCCUUCUCCAUGUGGUCCUAACUCACAAUGUCGAAACAUCAAUGGAGUGCCAUCGUGCUCUUGUCUAGUCAACUACAUUGGAUCACCUCCAAACUGUAGACCCGAAUGUUCCAUAAACGCUGAAUGUCCAAGCAACCAAGCCUGCAUGAAUGAAAAGUGCAGAGAUCCUUGUCCUGGAUCAUGCGGAAUCGGAGCCAGAUGCAACGUCAUCAAUCAUACGCCAACAUGCACAUGUGAGAUUGGAUAUACAGGAGACCCGUUCACAAAUUGCUAUCCAGCACCUCCUCCUCCAAGAGAACCUAUUAACGAUGACCCAUGCAAUCCCUCACCAUGCGGACCAAAUGCGCAAUGCCAAAAUGGAAUUUGUUCUUGUCUACCAGAAUACCAAGGCGAUCCAUAUCAGGGCUGUCGGCCUGAAUGUGUGCUGAACUCGGAUUGCCCACGAGAUAAGGCUUGCAUCCGUAACAAAUGCAUCGAUCCUUGCCCGGGAACAUGUGGACAGGAUGCUUUAUGUGAGGUCAUCAACCAUAUUCCGAUGUGCAGUUGUCCGAAUGGAAUGGCCGGAAAUGCCUUCCUACAAUGUAGACCACAACAAGCACCAGUUGUUACCAACCCAUGUAAUCCAUCACCCUGUGGUCCGAAUAGCCAAUGUCGAGAGAUUAAUGGACAAGCUGUAUGCUCUUGUGUACCAGGAUUCAUCGGAAGCCCACCAACUUGUAGACCGGAGUGUGUUGUAAGCUCUGAAUGUCCACAAAACCAAGCCUGUAACAACCAGAAAUGUAGAGAUCCAUGCCCAGGAACAUGUGGCGUUGGAGCUCGAUGCUCAGUCGUCAAUCAUAAUCCAAUUUGCAGUUGCCCUGAGCGAUACACCGGAGAUCCGUUCAUCCGUUGUCAGCCCAUUAUUGAACCUCCAGUUCAAAUGACUCCUACCAAUCCCUGCCAACCAUCUCCAUGUGGACCUAAUGCCGAAUGCAAGCCGGUUGGAGAUUCUCCAUCCUGUACCUGCAUACAAGAUAUGAUUGGAUCACCUCCGAAUUGUCGACCAGAAUGUGUCAGCAACUCGGAGUGCUCAAGAAAUCUUGCAUGUAUUCGGCAGAAAUGUCAAAACCCAUGCAUCGGCGCCUGUGGAGCUAGUGCAGAGUGUCGAGUAGUCAGUCACACUCCGAUGUGCAUCUGUUCGAUUGGAUUUACUGGUGAUCCUUUCACCCAGUGCACACCAGUUCAGCAGGACAUUCCCAGAGAACCAAUCUCUCCUUGCAUGCCAAGCCCAUGUGGUGCCAACGCCAUAUGUAGAGAACAAAAUGGCGCUGGUUCAUGUAUCUGCAUGGAUGAUCAUUUUGGAAACCCAUACGAAGGAUGUCGUCCAGAAUGUGUUGUUAACUCGGACUGUCCAUCUAAUCGGGCUUGUGUUCGCAACAAAUGUCAGGAUCCAUGUCCGGGAACAUGCGGACAGAAUGCCCAAUGCCAAGUUGUAAACCAUCUACCUUCAUGUACAUGUACUGAUGGAUAUCAAGGUGAUCCAUUCAGGUUCUGCGCAAUACAACAAAGAGAACCUGAGCCGGUUUAUAGAAAUCCAUGUCAACCCAGCCCAUGUGGUUCAAAUAGUCAGUGCCGUGAGAUCAAUGGACAGGCCGUUUGCUCGUGCUUGCCCACAUACAUUGGAUCUCCUCCUGGAUGUCGACCGGAAUGUGUCACAAGUUCUGAAUGUUCCCUGGAUAAGGCCUGUGUCAAUCAGAAAUGUGUGGACCCUUGCCCUGGAACUUGUGGAACCAACGCUAGAUGCAACGUCAACAAUCAUAGCCCCAUUUGUUCUUGUCAAUCUGGAUAUACUGGAGAUCCAUUUACGCGAUGCUAUCCCAAUCCACCGCCUCCGCAAGAUACCCAAGUUGUAAUCCGCGAUCCUUGUGUUCCUUCUCCGUGUGGUCCCAUUUCACAAUGUCGAAACAUCAAUGGAGUGCCAUCGUGCUCUUGUCUAGCCAACUACAUCGGAUCACCUCCAAACUGUAGACCUGAAUGUACCAUUAACGCUGAAUGCCCAAGCAACCAAGCCUGCAUUAACGAAAAGUGCAGAGAUCCUUGUCCUGGAUCAUGUGGAAUUGGAGCUAGAUGUAACGUUAUCAAUCAUACGCCAAUAUGCACAUGUGAGGGUGGGUACACAGGAGAUCCAUUUACAAAUUGCUAUCCCGAACCUCCACCGCCACGAGAGCCCAUUAAUGACGAUCCAUGCAAUCCGUCACCUUGUGGUCCUAACGCACGAUGUAACAAUGGAAUCUGCACUUGUCUACCAGAAUACCAAGGUGAUCCAUAUCAGGGCUGUAGACCUGAAUGUGUGCUGAACUCAGACUGUGCCCGCGAUAAGGCUUGCAUACGAAGCAAGUGCAUUGAUCCUUGUCCAGGAACAUGUGGACGGGAUGCUUUAUGUGAUGUAAUCAAUCACAUUCCGAUGUGCAGUUGUCCAAACGGAAUGGCUGGAAAUGCCUUCGUACAAUGUAGACCACAACAAGCACCAAUUGUUACCAAUCCAUGUAAUCCAUCGCCCUGUGGGCCAAAUAGCCAGUGUCGAGAGAUCAACGGUCAAGCCGUAUGUUCAUGCGUGCCUGAAUUUAUUGGAAGCCCACCAAAUUGUAGGCCGGAAUGUGUUGUCAGCUCUGAAUGUCCACAAAAUCAAGCCUGUAACAACCAGAAGUGUAGAGAUCCGUGCCCAGGAACAUGUGGCGUUGGAGCUCGAUGCUCAGUCGUCAAUCAUAAUCCUAUAUGUAGUUGUCCUCAGCGAUACACUGGAGAUCCAUUCAUUCGUUGUCAACCUAUAAUUGAACGUCCAGUACAGAUGACCCCUACAAACCCCUGCCAACCAUCGCCCUGUGGUCCUAACUCUGAAUGCCGACCUGUUGGUGAUUCACCAUCUUGUACUUGCUUUGAUAACAUGAUUGGUUCUCCUCCCAACUGUCGCCCCGAAUGCGUCAGCAACUCGGAGUGUGCCAGUAAUCUUGCAUGUAUUCGGCAAAAAUGCCAGGAUCCAUGCACGGGAGCCUGUGGAGCAAAUGCUGAGUGCAGGGUUGUCAGUCAUACACCUGUGUGUAUCUGCUCGGUCGGCUUCACUGGCGAUCCAUUCACUCAGUGUUUGCCAGUUCAACAGGAUGUCCCAAGGGAACCGAUCUCACCUUGCAUUCCAAGCCCAUGUGGAGCCAAUGCGGUCUGUAGGGAACAAAAUGGCGCUGGGUCGUGUACUUGUAUGGAAGAUCACUUCGGAAACCCUUAUGAAGGAUGUCGACCAGAAUGUGUAUUGAAUUCUGAUUGCGCAUCGAAUCGAGCAUGCGUUCGCAACAAAUGCCAAGAUCCUUGCCCUGGAACAUGUGGACAAAAUGCAGAAUGUCAGGUCGUAAACCACUUGCCUUCCUGUACUUGUUUCACUGGAUAUGAAGGAGACCCAUUCAAAUUUUGCAGCAUACAGCAAAGAGAACCACAAGUGUAUAUCAACCCAUGUCAACCAAGCCCAUGUGGACCAAAUAGCCAGUGUCGGGAAAUCAAUGGACAGGCCGUUUGCUCGUGCUUGCCCACAUACAUUGGAUCUCCUCCUGGAUGUCGACCGGAAUGUGUCACAAGUUCGGAAUGUUCCCUGGAUAAGGCCUGUGUCAAUCAGAAAUGCGUGGACCCUUGCCCUGGAACAUGCGGAACCAACGCUAGAUGUAAUGUCAACAAUCACAGUCCCAUUUGCUCUUGUCAAUCUGGAUAUACUGGAGAUCCGUUCACACGAUGCUACCCCAAUCCACCACCUCCACAAGAUACCCCUGUUGUUAUUCGAGAUCCUUGUGUUCCUUCUCCGUGCGGACCUAACUCACAAUGCAGGAACAUCAAUGGAGUGCCAUCGUGCUCUUGUCUAGGCAACUACAUUGGGUCACCACCAAACUGCAGACCUGAAUGUUCUAUCAACGCUGAAUGUCCAAGCAACCAAGCCUGCAUGAAUGAAAAGUGCAGAGAUCCUUGUCCUGGAUCAUGCGGAAUCGGAGCCAGAUGCAACGUCAUCAAUCAUACGCCAACAUGCACAUGUGAAAUUGGAUAUACAGGAGACCCGUUCACAAAUUGCUAUCCAGCACCUCCUCCUCCAAGAGAACCUAUUAACGAUGACCCAUGCAAUCCCUCACCAUGCGGACCAAAUGCGCAAUGCCAAAAUGGAAUUUGUUCUUGUCUACCAGAAUACCAAGGCGAUCCAUAUCAGGGCUGUCGGCCUGAAUGUGUGCUGAACUCGGAUUGCCCACGAGAUAAGGCUUGCAUCCGUAACAAAUGCAUCGAUCCUUGCCCGGGAACAUGUGGACAGGAUGCUUUAUGUGAGGUCAUCAACCAUAUUCCGAUGUGCAGUUGUCCGAAUGGAAUGGCCGGAAAUGCCUUCCUACAAUGUAGACCACAACAAGCACCAGUUGUUACCAACCCAUGUAAUCCAUCACCCUGUGGUCCGAAUAGCCAAUGUCGAGAGAUUAAUGGACAAGCUGUAUGCUCUUGUGUACCAGGAUUCAUCGGAAGCCCACCAACUUGUAGACCGGAGUGUGUUGUAAGCUCUGAAUGCCCACAAAAUCAAGCCUGUAACAAUCAAAAGUGCAGAGAUCCCUGCCCAGGAACAUGUGGCGUUGGAGCUCGAUGCUCAGUUGUCAAUCAUAAUCCUAUCUGCAGUUGUCCAGAACGAUACACUGGAGACCCAUUUGUCCGUUGUCAACCUAUAAUUGAACCACCAGUUCAAAUGACUCCUAUCAAUCCAUGCCAACCAUCUCCAUGUGGUCCAAACGCUGAAUGCCGACCGGUUGGUGAUUCACCAUCUUGUACAUGUUUCGAUAACAUGAUUGGUUCUCCUCCCAACUGUCGCCCCGAAUGCAUCAGUAACUCAGAAUGUGCGAGCAAUCUUGCAUGUAUUCGGCAGAAAUGCCAGGAUCCAUGCACGGGAGCCUGUGGAGCAAACGCUGAGUGCAGGGUUGUCAGUCAUACACCCAUGUGCAUCUGCUCGGUCGGAUUCACUGGCGAUCCCUUCACUCAGUGUUUGCCGGUUCAACAGGAUGUACCGAGGGAGCCUACCUCACCUUGCAUUCCAAGUCCUUGUGGAGCCAAUGCGGUCUGUAGGGAACAAAAUGGCGCCGGGUCGUGUACUUGUAUUGAAGAUCACUUCGGAAAUCCAUACGAAGGAUGUCGGCCAGAGUGUAUUCUCAACACGGAUUGUCCAUCCAACUUGGCUUGCGUACGAAACAAGUGCAAGGAUCCAUGUCCAGGAACGUGUGGACAAAAUGCGGAAUGUCAAGUCGUUAAUCAUCUGCCAUCUUGCACUUGCUUCAGUGGAUACGAAGGCGAUCCAUUCAAGUAUUGUAGCAUUAAGCAAAAAGAACCACAAGUGUACGUUAAUCCAUGUCAACCAAAUCCUUGUGGCCCCAAUAGUCAGUGUCGCGAGAUCAAUGGACAGGGCGUUUGUUCAUGCUUACCCACGUACAUUGGAUCUCCUCCUGGAUGUCGACCGGAAUGUGUCACAAGUUCUGAAUGUUCCCUGGAUAAGGCCUGUGUCAAUCAGAAAUGCAUGGACCCUUGCCCUGGAACAUGUGGAACCAACGCUAGAUGCAACGUCAACAACCACAGCCCCAUUUGUUCUUGUCAAUCUGGAUAUACUGGAGAUCCAUUUACGCGAUGCUAUCCGAAUCCACCACCUCCACAAGACACCCCUGUUGCCAUCCGUGAUCCUUGUGUUCCUUCUCCAUGUGGCGCCAAUUCGCAAUGCAGAAACAGAAACGGAGUACCAUCGUGCUCUUGUCUAGUCAACUACAUUGGAUCACCUCCCAACUGCAGACCCGAGUGUUCCAUCAACGCCGAAUGUCCAAGCAAUCAAGCCUGUAUGAAUGAAAAGUGCAGAGAUCCCUGUCCUGGAUCAUGCGGCGUGGGUGCAAGAUGCAACGUCAUUAAUCACACUCCAAUUUGUACUUGCGAGGUAGACUAUACCGGAGAUCCGUUUACAAACUGUUACCCAGCUCCACCACCUCCAAGAGAACCGGUCAGAGACGACCCAUGUAGCCCGUCACCAUGUGGAUCGAACGCACAAUGCGACAAUGGAAUCUGUACUUGCCUACCAGAGUUCCAGGGUGAUCCAUAUCAAGGAUGUCGACCUGAGUGUGUCCUGAACUCUGACUGUCCACGUGAUAAGGCAUGCAUACGAAGCAAGUGCAUCGAUCCUUGUCCAGGAACGUGUGGUCAAAGUGCAGUAUGCGAAGUGGUCAAUCAUAUACCGAUAUGCAGUUGUCCUAAUGGGAUGGCCGGAAAUGCUUUCGUACAGUGCAGACCUCAGCAAGCACCAGCAGUCGCCAACCCAUGCAGCCCAUCUCCAUGUGGACCAAACAGCCAAUGCCGAGAGAUCAACGGACAAGCCGUGUGUUCGUGCGUUCCAGGAUUCAUCGGAAGUCCACCAGCCUGCAGACCAGAAUGUGUCGUCAGUUCUGAAUGUCCGCAAAACCAAGCCUGCAACAAUCAGAAGUGCAGAGAUCCAUGUCCUGGAACAUGCGGAGUUGGAGCACGGUGCACGGUUGUAAAUCAUAGCCCAAUCUGUAGUUGUCCAGACCAAUUUACAGGAGACCCAUUUGUCCGUUGUCAGCCAAUAAUUGUAACUCCUGUGCAAAUGACACCAAUAAACCCUUGCCAGCCGAAUCCAUGUGGUCCUAAUGCUGAAUGUAGACCAGUAGGUGACUCUCCAUCCUGUACAUGUUUGGAUAAUAUGAUUGGAUCUCCUCCGAACUGUCGUCCGGAAUGCGUCAGCAACGCAGAAUGCUCAAGCCACCUCGCAUGUAUUCGACAAAAAUGUCAAGAUCCAUGCGCUGGAGCUUGCGGAGCCAAUUCAGAGUGCCGAGUUGUCAGUCAUACUCCUAAUUGCAUCUGCUCUGUUGGAUUUACUGGAGAUCCAUUUACACAAUGUGUACCAGUGCAGCAGGAUAUUCCAAGGGAACAAACAUCACCGUGCGUACCAAACCCAUGCAGUUCCAACGCGGUUUGUAGAGAACAGAAUGGUGCGGGAUCUUGUAGAUGUCUUGAGGACUAUUUUGGAAAUCCAUACGAGGGAUGUAGACCGGAAUGUGUUUUGAACUCGGAUUGCCCAUCGAACCGAGCCUGUACCAACAGCAAGUGUAAGGAUCCUUGUCCUGGAACCUGCGGACAAAAUGCUGAAUGUCAAGUAGUUAAUCACCUGCCGUCCUGUACUUGCCUGGUGGGUUACGAGGGUGAUCCAUUCCAGUAUUGUAAUAUCGUGCAGAGAGAACCUGUGAAAGAAUACGUCAAUCCAUGCCAACCGAAUCCCUGUGGCCCCAACAGUCAAUGUCGCGAGAUCAACGGGCAGGCUGUAUGCUCAUGUCUACCUACAUAUAGAGGAUCACCACCUGGGUGUCGUCCGGAAUGCGUGACCAGUUCUGAAUGCUCUCUGGAUAAGGCUUGCGUCAAUCAGAAGUGUAUUGAUCCUUGUCCGGGAACAUGUGGAACCAACGCUAGAUGUAUUGUCAAUAACCACAGUCCCAUUUGCUCCUGUCAAUCUGAUUACACCGGAGAUCCGUUUACCCGUUGCUAUCCUAAUCCACCACCUCCAAGGGACACUGAAAUAAUUGUUCGAGAUCCAUGCGUUCCAUCGCCAUGUGGUCCCAAUGCACAGUGUAGAAAUGUCAACGGAGUACCAUCGUGCUCAUGCCUAGCGACUUACAUAGGAUCACCACCAAACUGCAGACCCGAGUGUUCAAUCAACGCAGAAUGCUCUAGCAACCAGGCAUGCAUCAAUGAGAAAUGUAGAGAUCCAUGUCCAGGAUCGUGCGGUAUUGGAGCACGCUGUAAUGUAAUUAAUCAUACGCCAAUUUGUACAUGUCAAGAUGGAUAUACUGGAGAUCCGUUUACGAACUGCUAUCCAACACCACCGCCUCCACGAGAACCCGUUAGGGACGAUCCAUGCAAUCCGUCUCCCUGUGGUUCAAAUGCACAGUGUUCCAAUGGAGUAUGCACUUGCUUGCCGGAAUAUCAGGGUGAUCCAUAUCGUGGAUGCCGUCCUGAAUGUGUACUCAAUUCGGAAUGUCCUCGUGAUAAAGCAUGUAUUCGCAACAAAUGCGACGACCCUUGCCCGGGCACAUGCGGUCAGGAUGCUCUGUGCGAAGUCAUGAAUCACAUUCCGAUUUGUAGCUGUCCCAAUGGAAUGUCAGGCAAUGCGUUUGUGCAAUGCAUACCUCAACGAACUCCAAUCGAAACUAACCCUUGUAAUCCAUCUCCAUGCGGUCAGAAUAGUCAAUGUAGAGCUGUCAAUGGACAAGCGGUUUGUUCUUGCAUCGUUGGUUAUGUCGGUAGUCCACCAUCUUGCCGUCCGGAAUGCUCCGUCAAUUCGGAUUGUGUCCAAAAUAUGGCUUGUGCAAACUUCAAAUGUAAGGACCCUUGCCCUGGCACCUGUGGACUUGGAGCCAAAUGUUCUGUAGUCAACCACAAUCCGAUCUGCAGCUGUCUAUACAGAAUGACUGGGGAUCCUUUCGUUAGGUGUUACGAGAUUGUCGAAAAACCCUUCGUUCAAGAGACUCCUCGUGACCCUUGUAGUCCUUCGCCAUGUGGACCAAACGCCGUAUGCGUUAAUCGAAAUGGUAGCCCGUCAUGCUCAUGUCAACCGGAAAUGAUUGGCUCACCUCCUAAUUGUAGACCCGAGUGUAUUAGUAAUUCAGACUGCUCCAAUACGUUGGCCUGUAUCAAUCAGAAAUGUCAGAAUCCAUGUGCAAACGCGUGCGGAGCUAAUGCCGAAUGUCGCGUUUCGCUACACAUUGCUAACUGUAUUUGUCCGUCUGGUUACACAGGAAAUCCUUUCGUUCACUGCUCCGUGGAAAUUGUUACAACGCCGCCAGAGCGUACACCGGAAGAUCCUUGCAAUCCAUCACCGUGUGGCACUAAUGCAAGAUGUCGACCAGUCGACGGAAGUGCCGUAUGUGAAUGUAUCGAAAACUAUUUCGGUAACGCCUAUGUUGCCUGCCGUCCAGAGUGCGUGUCAAACUCCGAGUGUUCAAGGGAUACGGCUUGCAUACAGAAUCGUUGCAAAGAUCCUUGUCCGGGUGUAUGUGGAUACAGUGCCGAGUGCAGUGUUAUCAACCAUACGCCAACAUGUACGUGCCCCGAAGGAAUGGUUGGUAAUGCUUUCGAGCAGUGUUCCAGGAAACCAACGCAAGCAUCGCCCACCGAUCCAUGCUAUCCAUCGCCAUGUGGACUGAAUACGGUCUGCCGCUCAUCGAAUGGAAAUGCCGUUUGCGAGUGCUUACCAGAUUUCAAGGGAACUCCAUUCGGAAGAGGUUGUUACCCAGAGUGUACAAUCAACUCUGAUUGUCCACGUGACAAGACGUGCGUUAACAAGAAAUGUGUCGAUCCAUGUCCAGGUGUCUGCGGAUACCGUGCAGUUUGCCAUGCAAUCAACAACAGCCCAGUCUGUUCCUGCCCGAGCAAUAUGAUCGGUGACCCAUUCGUGGAAUGCAAAGAAGCUCCACCGAAGGAUCCAUGCAAUCCAUCACCAUGUAGAACGAAUGGAAUAUGUCGUGUUGUCAGUGGAAGAGCCGAAUGUCAAUAUCCGGAAUGCGUGAUCAAUUCGGACUGUUCAUCGAACCGAGCUUGCUUUAACCAAAAGUGCAGUGAUCCUUGCGCUGGAGCAUGCGGUGUCAACGCUCUCUGUAAUGUUGUCAAUCAUUCUCCAAUUUGUUCAUGUCCGGAACGUCACGUUGGAUCACCAUUUGUACAAUGCAAUCGGCAAAUGGAUCCAAUUCCACAACCAGAAUGUACGGCCGAUGACCACUGUACGAACGAUAAGGCUUGCAUCAACCAGCAAUGCGUCAAUCCAUGUACGGCCAACAGUGGCUUGUGCAACUUGAAUGCCGAGUGUCGCGUGCAGUUCCACAGAGCGAUUUGCACGUGCCGCGAAGGAUAUACCGGAAACGCACAGGUUGCAUGUUACGAAAUUGGCUGCCGCGCCGAUUCAGACUGUCCGGCAACGGAAGCGUGUGUAAACAGAAACUGUGUUGAUCCGUGCAAGUACACCCAGUGUGGAAGGAAUGCAGUUUGUAGAACCGAUUACAAUCACAACGCCAGGUGUCAUUGUGUGGACGGUUACCGAGGAAACCCAUUGACCGGAUGUACUCGACCGGAAUGUACCCAAGACGACGAAUGUCCUUACCAUCUUUCCUGUCAGAAUGAGCAAUGCCGAGAUCCUUGCAAUUGCGCACCAGGAGCCCAAUGUAGAGUCGAUAAUCACCGUGCAUCGUGUAGAUGCCCUCCUGGAUAUACAGGAGAUGCCAGUUUUGCUUGCGAAAAGAUACCGGUUCGCGAUCCCGAUCAAUGUAAAAUGGAUGCCGAUUGUUCAAGCAAGUUGGCCUGCUUUAGCGGAGUAUGCAAGAAUCCAUGCUACGAAGCGAAACCUUGUGCCGAACGUGCCGUAUGUUCAGUACAGGAUACACUGCCACUGCGAACAAUGUAUUGCGUGUGUGAAGAGGGUUACGUUGGCGAUGCAGAGAAACAAUGCUUGCCAGAAUCCACUGUCGUGCCAGGAUGUAGUUCAGACAUUGAAUGUGCCGCAACGGAAACAUGCCGAAACCGAGUGUGCGUCAAUCCCUGCACGGAGUUCAAUCCAUGCGCCCAAAGCGCCGAGUGUUUGGCACAAAGUCAUAAGGCUAUUUGUUCGUGUCCGAUCGGUAUGGUGGGUGAUCCAUUCCAGAACUGCUACCGCGAGCCAGUCAUUACGGUAGAAUGUACCGUGGACACGGAAUGCCCAAGCGAUCGGGCCUGUAUCAACCAGAAAUGCCAGGAUCCGUGUGCCGAAGGUAACCCAUGCGCAGGAAAUGCCGAGUGUCGCACUCUGUACCAUAGGCCACUCUGCAUGUGCCCGCGAGGAUGGGGAGGUGAUCCAAAGCUACAGUGCUUCAAACCGGAAUGUCAAACCGACAACGAUUGUCCAUACGAUAAAGCUUGUUACAACGAGAAGUGCUUGAAUCCGUGCACAUAUGGAGCAACUCAGUGUGGAAGAGACGCCGAGUGUAUGCCACAGGGACAUCGUGCCAACUGUAUUUGUCCACCGGGUACACAAGGAAAUCCAUUGAUUUCAUGUGUAACGGGACUUUGUCAGUACAAUGAAGACUGCGCAGAUCACGAGGCUUGCGAUAGGUUGAACCGUGUCUGUCGACCUGUCUGUGAUGAUGAAACCUGUUCUGCCAAGGCAACUUGCAUAGGACGGAAUCAUCAGGCCACUUGCGAAUGUUCACCCGGAACAAGAGGCAAUCCAUACGUGGAGUGUCUUCGGGACGAACCGGAGCCAGAAUGUCGAAUUGAUAGCGAUUGUCCAUCACAACAGGCAUGUAUCAACAACCGAUGUGGAAAUCCAUGUACGCAAAUCAAUCCAUGCUCGCAACAGCAGUCGUGUAGCGUUGUCGAUACUCUGCCACUGAGAACGAUGAUUUGUGCGUGUCCAUCGGACAUGUUGGUCGAUGAUAACGGACAAUGUAAGCCAAUCGUAGUGGAAGGAUGCCGUACGGAUAGAGAUUGUCCGGAUACGGAUCGCUGUAUCAGAGGACAAUGUAUGCUGGCUUGUCGAGCUGAACCUUGCGGAAUCAAUGCAUUAUGUGAAUCACGUGGUCAUCAAGGUCGCUGUACGUGUCCAACGGAGUACAUCGGCAAUCCACACACUGAAUGUGCACCGGAAGCACGAGUGCCAAGCUACAAGGAAUGUGCUGUCGAUAGCGAUUGUCCACUGGACCGAUCGUGUCACAAUGAACGUUGCCAAAAUCCAUGCACUCGAGACGUGUGCGGACGCGGUGCUAUUUGUCACGUGCAAAACCACAAUGCUGUUUGCAAUUGUCCAGCCGGCUAUACCAAGGACAGCAAUGAUAACUGCGUACCACCAUCUGCCGACUUGCCGAAAUGCCAAACGAACUCGGACUGCACAUCAAGUGAAACGUGUGUCAACGAAAUUUGUGCAAAUCCGUGUAACUGCGGUCAGAAUUCCGACUGCUACGUCAAGGACCAUUACCCUGUGUGCAGCUGUAAACCUGGAUAUUCAGGAAAUGCUCAGUUCGGUUGCUUCAAACUGGGCUGCAGCUCAGACAGCGAAUGCGCCAACGAUAAACAGUGCUUCAACGGAGAAUGUCUGAAUCCGUGUGCCCUGGAAAAUCCUUGCGCAUUGAACGCCGAGUGCUACGGCGAGAAACAUCGCGCUGUGUGUCGCUGUCUGCCUGGACUGGAAGGUAAUCCGUUCGUACAGUGCCGUCGAGUAGAGUGUCACUUCGACGGAGAAUGCCCAGACAAUCGAGCAUGCGUCCAAGAACAGUGUAUUGACCCGUGCAGUGAAAUGGCUCCAUGUGCACAGAAUGCAAUUUGCUUCACUCGUGGUCAUGCGCCGCACUGUAAGUGUCCCGAUAAUCUACCGGACGGUAAUCCGUUCUCGUACUGUGAACGUAGAGUCGUUCAUGACAAACCAGAAUGUACGGUAGAUGUGGAAUGCCCGAGUAGAUUAGCGUGCAUCAACAACAAGUGCGUGGAUCCAUGCAGAGAGCUACUACCAUGUGCAAGAUCAGCCAAGUGUACGGUGCUGGAUUCAGUUCCAGUACGAACCAUGGUUUGUGAAUGUCCUGAAUUACACGUGCCCGAUGUGAAUGGCGAAUGUAAGCGCAUAGUAUUGCAAACGCCGCCCGAAUGUACGAGUGAUUCGGAGUGCUCAGAAAACGACGCUUGUAUCAACAGACAGUGCAGAAAUCCAUGCAACUGCGGAGAAAACGCUAUGUGUACCGUCAGAAAUCACAGAGGAGUGUGCUCCUGUGAGAGUGGCUACGAAGGAAACCCGAACAUUGCAUGUCGAACGAUCGGAUGUCGGGUGGACUCCGAAUGCGAGUCCAGUAAGGCUUGUAUCAACGGAAACUGCGUCAACCCAUGCCUGGAUAGUGAUCCAUGUGGAAUCAAUGCCGAAUGCUACACUGUUUCGAGCCAAGCUGAAUGUAGAUGCUUAAGCGGUUAUCGUGGCAAUCCGUUGGUGCAGUGUACGGUUGUCGAAUGUCGCAGCAACAACGAUUGUCCAAACGAUAAGCAAUGCCGCAAUUCACAGUGCGUCGAUCCAUGCAUCUACGAUAGUUCGUGUUCACCGAGAGCUGAAUGCAAGGCACAGAAUCAUUUGGCAAUAUGUAGAUGCCCUCCGGGAUUGGUAGGCAAUCCGUACGUAGAUUGUCGACCAGAAAUCGUGCCAGAAUGUGUUUACGACACAGACUGCCCAUCGCAUCUUGCCUGUAUCGAGAACAAGUGCGUUGAGCCAUGCGGAGUGCUACAACCGUGCAACUUGCCUGCAAGAUGCGAAGCAAUUCCGUCAUCACCAGUCAGAACAAUGAUCUGCGUUUGUCCGGAUGGAUACGUAAGCAGUGGAAGCGGUACAUGUAAACCAGUUGUCAAAUCAGGAUGUAUUUCGGAUUCGGACUGUUCGAGCGAUACUGCCUGUAUCAACAGUAUUUGUAGAAACCCUUGUAACUGUGGCCCCAAUGCGGAAUGCAGAAUCAAGGACCACAAACCGGUUUGCUCGUGUAAACAAGGGUUCGACGGCAAUCCAGAAAUCGAAUGCAUCAAGAUUGGAUGUCGAGUGGACGAUGAUUGUUCAGGUCAGCACUCAUGUAUCAACCGACAGUGCGUCCCGGUUUGUUCGAUUGAUUCCUGUAGUAAACAGGCUGAAUGUUACGCGCAGAGCCAUCGCGCUAUUUGCGAAUGUUUACCAGGAUACGAGGGAGAUGCACGAACCAGUUGUAAACUUCUGGGUUGUCGCGCCGAUUCAGACUGUCCACUGGACAAGGCUUGUAUCAACGCAAAAUGUGUGAACCCAUGUGAAAGCCAAGCAAUUUGUGCCCAGAACGAACUGUGCCAGGUAUACCAACACCGUCCGGAAUGUGCUUGUCCACCACCGUUCGAGGCAGAUCCCAUCAGGGGAUGUGUACUGCAAGACGAUCGAUGCAGGACGGACGGGGAAUGUCCAUCGCAGACGGCAUGCAUUCAGGGCGAGUGUGUCAACCCAUGCAACGUAACAGAACCAUGUGGUGUCAACUCGAUGUGUAAGGUGUUGGAUACGCUACCGGUUCGUACGAUGAUAUGCGAGUGCUUGCCUGGCUAUCAGGGCAACGCAGCAAUUCAAUGCGACAAGAUGGCUCUAUGUCCGACGGAUCGAGGCUUUAUUCGCAACGCCAACGGUGAAUGUGUGUGUCCACCAGGCUACGGCCUAGGCAUAUACGAAGACUGUCAACUGUGCCGCGAAGAGGAUGGACUUAAGGUUGAUCAAACUGGACGUUGCGUGUGCGCCUUGGAACGAGGAAUGAUCGUUGACGAGCGGGGUCGCUGUAUUUGUCCGGUCGACCACGGGUACCGCCUGACGGAACGUGGCGAAUGCGUCCGCACGGCAGUACCUGAGUGCUCCCGAGACAGUGACUGCUCGGAUUCGAAAUACUGUAAUCAGCAGACCAGGACAUGCGAAAACCCUUGCGAUACGAAACAUUGCGGAACGAACACUUUCUGUAAUGCAACGAAUCAUCAAGCUAUCUGCCAUUGCAUUGCAGGAUACACUGGAAAUCCAGAGGAGCAUUGCAAUCAAACAACAAACUUCCGUACGGACUUCCCGCAACCGGAAAUGCAAGUCACCUGUCAGGCUGAUGGCGUGCAGGUGGUAAUCGAUCUGAUGGAAUCCAACUUCAACGGAGUGCUGUACGUGAAGGGCCACAGCAAGGACGAAGAGUGUCGGCGAGUGGUUAACCUUGCCGGAGAUUCAUCUCAACGCACGCAGAUAUUCAAGGUGCACUUCGGAAGCUGUGGCUUGAUUCACGUCAACGGUGUGGCUAGCUUCAUACUGGUCAUACAGAAGCAUCCCAAGCUGGUGACGUACAAGGCCCAGGCAUAUCACAUCAAGUGUGUCUAUCAAACGGGCGAGAAGAACGUGACGCUCGGAUUCAACGUGCAGAUGUUGACAACGGCCGGAACGAUCGCCAAUACCGGUCCACCGCCAACGUGCGCCAUGCGGAUCGUUGCCUACAACGGCGAGGAGAUCAACUCGGCCGAAAUUGGCGACAAUCUGCGGCUGCAGGUCGAAGUGCAACCAGCAACCAUUUACGGAGGAUUCGCACGUAGCUGUGUCGCAAAGACGAUGGAGGACAGCGUUGAAAAUGAGUACAUUGUGACGGACGAAAAUGGGUGCGCAACGGAACCGAGCAUUUUCGGCGACUGGGAGUACCAAGCGGAAACUAACAGUCUACUGGCUAGCUUCAACGCGUUCAAGUUCCCAUCGAGCGACAACAUACGCUUCCAGUGCAACAUCCGGGUGUGCUUCGGCCGGUGUCAACCGGUCAACUGCCACGGAGCGGAUGCAUACGGAAAGCGCAGACGGCGUGCUAUCACUGAUAUGAACGAAAUUGAGAUGAUGCUCAACAGAACUCGACGUGCCAGCAGCAGCAACACGGCGUUGGCGUCCGACGAUACACUGGGUAUUGAGGGAACACUGCGAGAGGAGAUUACGAUCCAGUCGAAUGCAAUUCUAACGCUGGAGAGAAGGGAGGAACGGUCGUACGAUUCAGAUAACAUCACUCCCGCCGCUCAACGUGUCGAAGAUAUUUGUGUAUCGAUGAUUGGACUGAUCAUCGCCUUGGUGAUAACAGCGCUGCUGGCACUGGUGGCGGUGGCUGUGGCAGUUUCCUGCUGGCUGAUGGCCUACAGGAGACGUCCAACGGUAACCGGACCACUGCCGCAUCCGCCCGAAUUCCCGAAUCCUCUGUUUGCCCACCACGAACCAUCGGAGCCAUCGCACGACUACAUGACAUAAAAUAUAUAAGAGAGAGACUGCGCGAGAAGCUCCCGUGGCAAACAGAUUGUAAAUUCCAACUGUACUAAUAACAAACUGUGAAUAAUGUCAAGUACCGAAGUACCAAGAAUACAACGAAUGCGAACGAGAUAGUAGAAAGAUUAGCGUAGAACAGUUGAAAACAAUGUAAAUAGAUACUUUAAAAAUCGUACUCUUACGCUGGACAGCAACACCAAUCAGACGAAUUGAAGAAUGGUGCUCUAACCUCAAUGCAACAACCCCCGACGCUGUCCAUUAUUAGUUUGCAAGCACCCGUGACAAAGCAAAAAAAAAAUCCUAGACAUAGAUCGUUUUUAUUAUGAAAUAAUCCGGAACACUGCCAAUCCGGUUCAUCCCAGUAACGAUCCCGCAACUAGUUCACCUCAUGUAAAAAGCAAUUUAUAGAAUCGAGAAACCGAGACGACCUUAAUGCAACCUCAACCUCGUUAGAAAAUAGAACACCAUUUGUCUCGUUUCUCGAUAAACCCUACUUUGGCGGGAACGGCUGCUGGGAACUGCGAAGGAACUCCUCCCCCGGAUUGGCAGUAUUCCCCGAAACAGAAACGAACAUCUCCUCCGCGGGCCGUUGCUAGUCUUUUAUUUAUUAAUGUUAUUAUUGUAUUUAGUAAGAGAUUGAACCACUCUUUUUCAAAAAAUAUAUCGCUCUAGUUACUUUGAAAUUUCUCCAUUUUCCAUGGUGGAGGGUCCCAGUUCUCCUUCCGUACUAUUUCUGUCCAGUUUUCUUGACUUUUUGGCUCAACAACGAAACAACUAUCGUGCAUUGCCAUAUAUUGUUCAUUAAAUCUUUCAGCUCCAACGCAUGAAGCAAACUCUAUUCGAUCCUAUACGCACACACCCACACACGGAAUGAACAAUGUUAUCGGUGUUAUUCUCUUAAUAUAAUUGUUUUAGUUGUAAUUUAUUGAAAAUUUUAUCAAUAUAAAGAAGAAAAAAUGAAUAAACUCGGCCCCCGGAGGAUUUGUCUUACCUAUGUUAGUGAAAAUAAAAGAAAGAGAGAAAUUUAUAGUUGAAACGUUACGUGUAAUAUAAAAAAAUGAAGAACAAUGCGAAAAAGCAGCGAAAACAUAACGCACAACGUAGUCAUUUUAUAGCUAAUCUAUCUCAUAAAAACAUAAACGAAACUGUACGAGAUUUGCGACCCACUAAACUAUACAACUAUGAUAAAACUGCCAUUUAAAAAUUUCCAUUCAAAGCACGGUAAAGCCGGGGGUAUCUCAUCCCUCCAUUCGCUUUCAAUGGCAGCUGAAAAACUAAAAUGUGAAAGAAGCAGCGAGCUUUCAGUUAUUUUCGUUUCCCAGUUUCUGCAGGGAGCGGAGGCGGGCCGAUUAUCCCAACGCCACUUACCUCCCAUAAAGAUAAAUUAAACUGUUCCGAAACCAUACUGCUGCUAACCGCUGUAAAACUAUACUGCCCUUUCAGAAUACUGCAACAUGCGCGUGGAAAGUGAUAGAAGCGCCUAAUCAAACGCAUGUGAUUUCGAAUUUUCGAGUUUAACGCACGUCUCCAAGAGACAAACUACAUGGCAGAUCAACUACCUAUUUCUUUAUUUAAAAUGUUUGGCAAUUACUUUUUUUUUGGUUUCGAAAAAUUUUCCGUUUAGGUGGCUUCCUGCGCCACGAUAUUUAUGUUUAUAAACUAUAAACUGAUAAUAAUGUCAACUAUUAAGACUGGAUUAACAUUAAUUGAGGUAAUGACGCGAGAAUUAAACAAAAUAAAAAAAGCUAUAUUUCAAAACUGUUCCAGCAAGACAGUCUGCGCGCGAACUUUCCCAGUGUAAUAUUAUUAUUUUUUAUCAGAAGGUAAAAUUAAUGUGAAGCAUGUGGAUGUCACCUCAAAGAAAACGUUAAUAAAAUAAAAUUAAAAAAAGA